ACCCUGACGCUGACGGCUCAACGCGGAAGCGCGAUGGCGGCGGCAGAAGGGCCGGCAGGCGGCAAGAGCGGCGCUUCCCCGUCGGCUGCGCACCGGAGGCUGCGGAUCCUCUCGGGCCACCUGAGGAGCGGGCCGCCGGAGGCGCACCUGUCCGCUGCCCAGUGCCGAGGGCGGGCGGCGCCGGCGCCGGCUCGCCCUCAGCCGAGCACCUUCCCCAAGAGGCGGUAAGCGGGUGGGGCGAGGGCGGUUCCUCCCCAGUGGGACGCCAGCUGGACGGGGGCUUCCCGAGACGGGGGGCAAGGCCUCGCCCCGCCGAAGCCGGUGCUUUUCCUUGCAAGAAGAAGGGGACGGAGAGGCAGGAAGAAGCCGUUGCCGCUUUCCGCUAUUCCUCCCUUUGGCCUCAUUUAAUUCGAAAAGAGAGUUUGGGGGCACACUCAAGUCUCAUUUCUCCAUAGCAUCUGAAUUAGGAGAUCAUAUGUAGGCCCUGGGCCCUUGGGAGAGAGCCUGGGUUAUUAGAAAUCUAGCCGACAGGGUCUGAUUGGUUGGGUCCAGAGCAUGGUUAAUGCUUCAUUACUUGCGGGAGGAAUGGUCUCUGAUGUCUUGAAAAAGGUAGGUGUGUGGCUCCUCCUAAAGAAACCGACUUCGAACACCUUAGACUGGAACAACUGUUGACCAGUAACAAAUACACCCUUUUGGAGGAUGAUGGGGCAGCUGCAAGCAUGUUUUGAUAGCGGAUUAUUUAGAUCUGUUCUAAUCUGGGUUCAGGUCUGGCCAUGGGCCUGAGUUGCCCUUGGUCUUCCUAAUGGAUGAUAUUUGCAGUGGGUGGGAGAAAUGUGUGUGUGAGCUUGAUCCUGCUUCUUGAUCUCUGGCUUUUGAGACCAUCGACCAUGGUAUCUUCCCUGACUGGCUCAAGAAUGGGAAUUUGGAGCACUGUGUUACAAUGAUUGUGGUGCUGCUUCUGGGACUAAGGAGAGUGGGACUGGGAAAGUACUUUCCAGGCUUCUGGAGGUUACUUUAUGAAGUGCUGCAAGGCACUAUCUUAAUUCCAUUGUUGUUCAACACCUAUAUGAAGCUGCCAGGAAUAAUCAUUAGGAGUUUGGAAACAAGGUACCAGCAGCAUGCUGAUGACAGACAGUUCUAUUUCUCCAUAACAUAUGACUUGGGAGAGAGCAUUGCAAUCUGCAUGAAAGCAGUGGCGAGAUGGAUAAGGAAAUAUAAGCUGCAUUUGAAUCCGGGCAGGAUAGAGGCACUGUGGGCGAGUGGUUCCUGUGCCUCAGAAGUUGCUAUGAGCUUCAGGUGCCAUGUCCAAAUAAAGAACUUGUACAUCUGUCCCCACUAAGGUAUGAGCUCUAUACAGUAGUACCUCGGGUUAAGAACUUACCGUGUUUUUUGCCCUAUAGGACGCACCGGCCCAUAGGAUGCACCUAGUUUUUUUUGGGGGGGGAAAUCAAGGAAAAAAAUUUUAUUUCCCCCCCAGGUUUGCGCAGCCACCCCCAAGCUAGAAGAGGGAGAGGGAGCGCUCCGUCUCCCUCUUCUGCCUACAGGGACAGUCUCUCUAGCCUCCGUGGGGCAGCGACUUGCCCUGCUGUCCUCCGAGUUUGUGGGGCUGGCGGGGGGGGGGAGCAAGCUUGCCCCCCCCCCGCCAGCCUCCAGACCAGGUCGAGGAAUAGCGGGGUGGCGGCGCUGCGCCUCCCCGCUGUCCCCCGAGCUUUUGGGCUGCAGGCUCCCGCCGGGCUUGCAAGACUUGCGGAUAGCUUCCUGAAGCCUGGAGAGCGAGAGGGGUCGGUGCGCACUGACCCCUCUCGCUCUUCAGGCUUCAGCGAAAGCCUGCAUUCGCCCCAUAGGACGCACACACAUUUCCCCUUCAUUUUUGGAGGGGAAAAAGUGCGUCCUAUAGGGCGAAAAAUACGGUAAUUCGUUCUGGAGGUCCGUUCUUAACCUGAAACUGUUCGUAACCUGAGGUACCACUUUAGCUAAUGGGGCCUCCCGCUGCUACCGCCGCACAAUUUCUGUUCUCAUCCUGAAGCAAAAUUCUUAACCUGAGGUACUAUUUAUGGGUUAGCGGAGUCUGUAACCUGAAGCGUCUGUAACCCGAGGUACCACUGUAUAAGGAUACAGCUUGUGCAUUAUACUGCAGGGAAGACACACCCACCCACCUUCCUGUGUUGGACAAGAAACACAAAAGUUGAGAGCGCAAGUCAGUUGAUGGUAAUGUCCAAAGUAGCACAGAUUCAGUUUCCCCCAUUUCUGUUACAUGAAAGUCUUGAAGACCAAGUUAGUUAAAUAGGAGUUAUGGGGGGUGCGGUGGGGUAGGGUGUUUGCAGUUUAUAUAUCUAUGAACCUGUAGAGAAUAAACCUAUUUAUGAUAGCAUUUAUUUAACUUAACAGUGCAUUUGGUAUUUCAUAUUUCCAUUAUUGAAGAUUAUACUAAUAUGCCACUACAGUAGUGACAUCUUGAUUAGUAGCUGCUGCUUGGUUAGACCCAGAGUUCCUUGUUUGAAUGCUUGAAAUUUAGUAUUCCUAAUUAAUACUUGACAGACCACCAUAGAACAUGAACAGGAUGGGGUAGAAUAGCCAGGUAGUCAAAUCUCCUGUCUGUUUAAAUUUUGGUGAACAAGCAGGGCAAUGUGACUGAAAUACUUACAAGGUUGGGUGGUAACUCUCUCCUACAGAAUUUUCUUAAUUAAAAUUGCAUACAGUAUGCAUAAGAUUUCCCCGCCAGGAAAUAGUGCAUUUUUGUGGAGAGUUCAUUGGAAAAGCAGUGCAAGGAGAGUGGUUUAACCUCCUUCCCACAGUGCCAUGGCCCAGAUCUGGAUUGGAUUCUCCUUCAGCUGCUGUUUGCUGAAAUUCAAAGCAGUGGAACGUCCACUUAUGAAUCUCAAGCAUCUUGUCUUGUUUGGCUUUAAGAAACUUGUUGACUUUAUCUAGAUUUACUCUCAGUGCAUAGUGCCAACAGCUCCCUCUCCCCCGAUACCUUUUCUUAAGAAAUCAACCUUUUAUUUAGGUAAGGAUAUUCAUACUGUGAGGCAAAUGGUUACAAAACAAAAUGUGAAUUACUUUGCUUGUUAAGGGAGUUUCCUGGUGGGCAGUAGGAGUUCAUGGAAUGUGUCAAGAGAAGAGUAGGGUAGCUGCACUGUGAAAGGACUGGGAUUAAGUGAACAGAAAAAUCAUACCUUAAAUGACAGCAAAGCCCGGUAUACAAUGAUGUGCAUUAUCAUUAAGUAUUAUGUGUCCUGCUAAGAGACAUGAUCUCUUUAACCCCCGCUUUGCCCCUGGCAGGAGCAGACUUGCUGUCUAAAGUACUACUGACUGUAUCUUCAGUCAUGAGAAGCCAGUUGCCCAAGAGAGAUCAGCCCAUAGGCAAGGAGGUCAUUAGCAGUUUUUGACUCCUACUUGUUCCUAUGAUUAAGUAAGCUUUUGCGUGACAGCAUUGAUGGGCUCAGGUUGUUCCCGAGGCCGCAGGUAGUGCAGAAUGUGGUGGCCCUAUGCAGCUCAAGCCCAGUUUACUUGCCCUGUCUUAACCUUUAUAUACCCAGUAGGUUACUGCAUCUUGCAGGAGCAUUUCUCCUUCAAGUUCUGAAGAUCUCAAAAGCUUGCUCUACAGUAACAGAGAGCUAUGCCUCUUCUGUGGAGUGGCACUCCAGUUGAAAUGUGACAUGUACCUUCCUUAUGCACUUUUUUUGGAAACAACGACAUUCUUGUUCCGAUAAGUAAUUCCAGCUAGAUGAAUAGGUUUCUGCGUAGUGGCCAUUCUGUAUUUCUUGUAAAUUCAUCUUUCGUUAGUUUUGUGCUGUUCUGUUACUGUUUUUAAUGUAUUUGGGACAUCACCUUGGGCAUAUGUGAAAGUGAGAAAUAAGAACAACAACGUUCUUAAACACACACACUUCUCUUUUUUCUGCAGCUGGAGGUUGCCUGGUGGAGAAGGAGAAACCAUUGGCAUUCCAAAGGGGUGGAGGGAAAUUCCCAGCUGGUGGAUCAGUUCCAGAACCAAGCCAACCUCUGUGGGCCAUUAGACUAUACCUCCGCAGUUGACAAGCCUAUACUGGUUCCUUUUACCGUCAAAGAGGAAGCAGAGGCAUAUCUCUUAGUGCUGUGGUUCAUAGCACUAAGAUCAAUGUCUGUUCUUAGUUCAGGAAAACCAGAUCUCCAUGCCUUAUGUCUUAUGAUGACAGGCAACAGGUGUGUGUGAUUUGCUUUUCUUCUGCUUACUUCCAACAGGGACAUUAAGCAGGAAAUUUCAGCAGCACCUGGCAUGGCAUGCAAGAGGACUGGUGUCUUCUAUUACUGUGUUUCUACAUUCACAUGCCUCUGUCAGGGGUCCUGCUUGCUGUAACUACUGAGACCAAGAAAGUACACUGAGACUCCAUAGCUGCUGGCAAGAAAUGUGUUUUUGGUCCCCCAUUACACGUUAGGCAAAUGAGUUGUCAUGCUAAGUCAUACUCAAACCCAUUGGAAGAAAUGGUCCUAAGAUAGUCAUGACAGUUUUAAGUCCACUGAUUUCAGUGCAUCUACUCAGAUUAUCACAUUGUUGGCAAGAUCCAUUCAUUGACUCCCUUAAUUUAUACUACAAGUGAAACUUCAGACUGAGUGUUUGGCAUUUUUGAAAGUCCCUUACUUUCAAAGUCUCCCUUAAAGACUUUUUAAAAAAAUGGCUGUAGAUUCUGUUGCAGAUCUUUAAAGAAGAAAAAUGUUCUGCUGCAUAUAUUUUGUUUGGGUGAUAUUAGAGGUCCACUAAGUUUGGAUGGGCUUGGUACUCGGUUAUUGUUUCUAGUAGCCAAAUUUUUGAUGCUGUAUGGAAGCAAAGUACAUAUUGUCUUAGCCAUGUAGUUUCACAUUUCAAGCAACACAUUCAUUAGAGGAUUAAAAAUAGAAAACAAUAAGAUGAAAUUUUUUCAGAGUUGGAGAAUCUCUUAGCUGUUUGAAAAACUUUCUUCAGUAUGUAUCAAGAGCACAUUUCUUACUUCAAUCAUUAUCAGCUACUUAAUGGCAUCUCCUCUUAAGCCAACUGUCAGAUCAUAUUUCAAAUGAACAUUUUAACCAACAAGAGAAAGUCUCAGUAGUGAUUUAUAGGAGUUUCAAAAAUAAUUGAAGAAAGGAGGAUUUGCUGGUCUUUGCCCUAGGGACUGAACUCCAGGGUUAUUGUGGGGUUUGGGCAAGGUUAUGUUUUUUCCAUUCCCCCGUCACUCAUCCACGUUCCUCAAAGAUUUCUUGGGCGCACGGCAGGGAGUAAUCCUUCCAGAACAUUUGGAAGUUAAUUCCUGUUAUCUUUGUCCCUCGGAUAUAAUAAGAUACAGUAUCCAUCACUAAUCACCACUUAAUUAUCUCUGCCGUCUUGACAGAGAUGACUAACCAGCCAUGAGGUCUCCCCAGAAGUCCUGAAACCCACUAGAUUUCUGUGGUUGUAAGUUGUUUACAGUUUAAGUUUUUGAUACUGUCUUAAUUGUUGUAACCUGCCCUGGGACAUUGGGGAAAAGUGUGAGAUGGCGGCAAAAUUAUUAUUAUUAUAAGCUGCAACCCAAGAUAAAAGGGCACACCUAGCUACUUUAAAAGAAUUGAGAUUCACGGAUGCUGUGAUUACUAAGAACCAGCAUGGUUUCUCAAAAACAAGUCAUGCAAGAUGAAUCUCUUUCCUUCUCUCUCUGGAUAAAGCUACAAGCCUGGUGGAUCAUGGGAAUGCUAUGGAUGUUGUGCACCUUGCUUUCAGUAAGACAAAGUUCCCCAUCAUAUUCUUGUAGAGAAGCUGGUAAAAUGUGGUUUGGAUGAGGUAACUCUUAGGUGGAUUUAUAGCUGGUUGACUGACCAAUCCCAAAGAGUGCUCAAUAACUGUUCCUUAUCCUGGAAAAAAGUGACAAGCGGAGUGCCACAAGAUUCUGUCCUGGGCCUGUUGUUGUUCAGCAUCUUUAUAAAGAACUUGGAUAAAGGAAUUGAGGGGAUGCUCAUCACAUUUGCAGAUGACACCAAACUGGAGCUGCAGACAGAAUCGGGAUUCAAUAUGACCAUAACAGAUUGGAGAACUGGGCCCAAAUUAACAAAAUGAAAUUCAAUAGGGACAAAUGUAAGGCUCUUCACUUAGACAGGAAGAACCAGCUGCACAAAUAUAAGAUGGGGGACACCUGGCUUACUAGCAGUACAUGUGAAAAGGAUCUAGGGGUCUUGGUAGACACAAGCUUAACAUGAGUCAAAAGUAUGAUGCAGCAGCAAAACAAAAAAAGCUAAUGCUAAACUGCAUCAGCAGAAGUCUAAUGUUCAGAUCAAGGGAAGUAAUAGUAACACUCUAUUCUGCCUGGCGGGCUCUGGUCCAUGGGAUCACAAAGAGUCAGACACAACUAAACAACAACAAAUUCUGCCUUGGUCAGACCACACCUGGAGUACUGUGUCUAGUUCUGGACACCACAAUUUAAGGACAUUGACAAGCUGGAAUGUGUGCAAAGGAGAGUGACGAAGAUGAUCAAGACUCUGCAAACCAAGACUUAUGAACAGUAUAAACUCUGAUAUAUCAGUUAGGUGGCAAAUGGCUCCUUAAACCAUUUGGAAGUCGCCAAAACGGAAUGUCUAGUUGCCAUUUUGGGGCCAGGAGGCUUGAAAGUUGUAUUUUUCAACACGACUUCUUGAUUCUUGAAAUUUGCUCUGUGCAGAUAAAAUAUCACAAAUAGAAUACUACAGGAUGUGUUGUUAGCAUGUGAAAACAGGCAAGUUCCAAGGAUACCCAGGCAUGCACCUCCACAUGGUGGAGGCAUCAGGUGCCAUUCUGGCACCCAGGCAUCUUCACUUGGUCGCAAGUGGCUGAUAGCCAGGUGCAACAUGCCUCUGGCGAAUUUCAAAUGCUGCUUAUGAGGAAUGGUUGAGGGAAUUGUGGAUGUUUAGCCUGGAAGAGAGGAAAUUAAACAGCCAUCUUCAAGUAUCUAAAGGGCUGUCACAUGGAAGAUGGAGCAAGAUUGUUUUCUCCUGCUCCGGAGGGUAAGACCUGAACCAAUGGCUGCAAGUUGUAAGGGAGGAGCUUCCAACUAAACAUCAGGAAUGACUUUCUGAUAGUAAGGGCUGUUUAACAGUGGAAUGGACUCCCUUGGGAGGUUGUGAAUCCCCUUCCUUGGAGGUUUUUAAGCAGAGGUUGGAUGGCCAUCUGUCAUGGUUGCUUUAGUUCAGAUUCCUGCAUUGUAGGGCUUGGCCUAGAUGACCCUUGAGGACCCUUGCAGCUCUGCAACUCUGAUUAUUCUUCUUCUUCUUCUACUACUACUAAUUAUUAUAUUUCAGCCUUUGGCCUGAGCCUCCAGCACUGUUUUUUGCUAAAACUUUGAGAGAUAGUGCCUUUUGCAUACAUCUCUUAAGUACUCCGUGAGAGGUGUGAGCUUUCUUUUUCCAGGUAAUCUCUUAUAUUAGGUCUAAUUUGAGACGAAUGAACUGUCAUCUCCUUAUCAACACGAUGAAGCCUUUCUGUGGUGUAGUGGUUAAGAGCGGUAGUCACGUAAUCUGGGGAACCGGGUUCGCAUCUCCGCUCCUCCACAUGCAGCUGCUGGGUGACCUUGGGCCAGUCACACUUCUCUGAAAUCUGUCAGCCCCACUCACCUCACAGAGUGUGUGUUGUGGGGGAGGAAGGGAAAGGAGACUGUUAGCUGCUUUGAGACUCCUUCGGGUAGUGAUAAAGCGGGAUAUCAAAUCCAAACUCCUCCUCUUCUUUCUCUUUUCUGAUCUUCCAUAUUUGUUAGAGUUGUAAAUGUUUGUUCACGGCAAUGUAUCAUGGAGAGUUAUAGAAGAAUAGCCAAUGCUCUUCAAGAGAGUUGUGGAUAUUGUUUCUGGUUGUAUAUCCAAAAAGAGUUCAGUGACAUAUUUCUGUGUUUCAUUUUCAAAUUGUGAUCGCUCAAAAUGUAGGCCGUUUCCUCCUCCUCAUUCAGUGUCAGUCCUGUAUUGCUGCAAUUCACAGAAGUGCCUCAGUAUUUUUUGACAUUAACUAUUCUUCCGUUAAUUUUAUCACCAGACAAAGGAAUUUCCAUAACUUGUUAUUCAGCAUCCUUAUCAAACAAAUUUUUCACAAUCAAGCAACAGACAGGCUUAAUCAGUUUUUCAGCUGCUGUAUGUGCUUUGUCUGUUGAACAAUCAAUUCAGCCAGUUGGUAAGAUAUAAUUUGCAUCUUACCUGAGACUUUACUCAUUUUUCGAAAUAUGAUCGUUGGCAUUUCCACUGUUCCAACUGCCUUUCAAAAUACUGAAACACUGCAUUUUCGUAUGUUUGGGGGCCAUAUUGGAAUUGGAAAGCUUCUCACCGCAGAUCAGACACAUAGAUUGAGGGACAUUUUCAUCUUCAGUCCGUGUGAAUCUGAGACUUGGAUAGCUAUCCACAUAUUGUUGACUAACUUUCUUUUUUGGAGGUCUGCUUAGACCUGCUACUGGCGUUGAAUUAAACUAGUCUUCUCCAGUACUCUGUUUGAAUGGUGAUUCUGGAUCACAACUAGGAUUGCUUUCAGUAUCACUUGAUGCUCAUGCUCUCAUUUCAAAAAGAUAUCUAUCCAUAUUCUGCAAAUAAAGUGAUUUUGAUACUAUACAGUACACUGGAGUGUUCAAUUUUUUUUAAUUAUUCUUUAAUCUUCCUCCCGCACACGCCAGCCUCUCCUGCUACUCCAGUGGGGCUCACCACACCUUUUGAGAGCCAUUGUGUUAAGUUGUUUGUUAAGCUAUGGUGUAACAUCUGUAUUUAUGAUAGUUAUCAGAUUCAAGUAAUUAAUGAUGUGGGUGGUAGACACACCAUGAAAUUGUGUGUCUUUUUAAAUAAAGGUGGCAUCAGAUUUGGAAUUGUUUGUAUAAGUAGAUGUGCUUAGAUAUUUUAAUUGUGUGUUAAUUUAUCAGUGACAUGUUUCCCAACCUGGGCUCAUUUGGAAGGAUGAAGGGAUAUAAAUACGAUAAAUAAGAUAGUAAUGAAAAUGACUUGGAUUAGCAAGGAGGACGGAAGUUCAUUCAGUCUGCUGGUGUGGGUGUUUGGAAUGGAUGCCAUUUAAAUUAAUUUGUUUUUAUGUGCUUUUAAAUGUGUUUUUGAGAAUUGAGGUGUUAAUUAUUUUAAGCUACCACCACUGUGGUGUAUGCAUUGCAUGGGUAGGUUAGAAAUUCUCAGAUUAAUUAAUGGGAGUCAGUAUUUCUCUGUCCAGAAGGCAAUCCGUGAUGGUUUGUUUUCGAUUUAGCUGGAACUAUACUGCACAUACUCAAUUUGAGGGGUGGAAACUUCUAAAAGCUCUCCUUAUUUUAUUCUUGUAUUUAUAUAUUAAGCUCAAACAAUUCCAUAGUAUACACAUCUGUCUGCCAGCGGGAUGCACUUUGCUUGAACAAUGGGACUUCCCCUUCAUCUCCUUCCCCUUGCAGUUCCCUUGUGUGCCUGCCCAGUCAAGCUGCAGAGAGUAGAGGGAAGUUCUACAUGAAACUCGAUUUUACCUAUGAUUUAGAUUUUAAAGAUUGGGGGGGGGGAUAUGAAGGUACUGAAAACUAUUAACCUGCUCAAAUAAUUAUCUAAAAAUAUAUGUAUCUAAAAUUACAGUUGUGGCAGUUAACUAGUAUUGUUCUUGAAACAUGAGUUUGACCAAACUGCGGGAGGCAGUGGAAGACAGGAGUGCCUGGUGUGCUCUGGUCCACAGGGUCACGAAGAGUCGGACACGACUAAAUGACUAGACAACAAUCUGUUCCAAUUUCCAUAUUUGUUUUGUAUUAUUUCCAUUGGCUAGAUUACUAAUUCAACCAUGCAUUUUUUUUUUCAAACGGACAGCUUCCCACUAACAUCACCAGAGUUGAAGCCAAUUGUCAAUGUGUACCUUAAACCUUAGGGGACACCAGUCACACAUUUUAAUUUAGGAAUGUGAGAUUCAAUGGCACGAUUAAUAGAGUGGGGAAAUCUCUGAAAAGGAUAUGGUAAGAAGAUGUCUUUAGAUAGGAUGGCUUCUUGCAGCAGUAUUCGUUCAUUUAUUUUCUUUUAGUAUUCCUUUCAAUAUUACCUUUAUAGACUACCUUUCUUCCAAGGAGCUCAAGGUGGCCAAUACAUAUUUCUCCCCCUCUCCAUUUUUAUCCUCACAACCACCAUGUGAGGAAGCUUAGGCUGAGAGACUGUUCAUUCAGUGAGUGUCCUAGCUGAGUGACCUUCGAAUGCUUUGUCUGCCUGGUUCCAGUCCCACAUUCUAACCGCUUCAUCAGACUGGCUAGAGAGUAUGAGAUGUAUUUGUGGUGACCCAAAUUUCACUCCAAAUUUUGACAAAUGGGGGGGGCAUUCUUGAUGUCAGAAUGAACGGCCCCCAUCAUGCAAGGAUGGUGCCUGACAUUUCCACUAUCUGGGGAUCAGUGGAUCUGGACUGUUUUCAUACACACCGAUACCCCAUCCUGUAGAAUUCUAUCAGUUAUAUUUUAUCUGCGCAAUCAGAAUGAAUUUCUGGAAUCAAAUUGCUUUUUCUGUUUAGCCUCAGCAGAAGUCAUCAUUAAGGAAAAGAGGUCUGAAUAGGCCAAUAUAUAUGUGGACUGUCCCUGAAUCAAGUGACUUUUCUUCUUUAAGUUCUCAAAGCUCUUAACGUAGCUCACAGUUGUCAUCUGAACUAGCUAGAUUUUUAACUGAGAAUCAAUCCCAGUCAGCCCAUCAUUUGAAAAAUAAGAUUUUAAAGCCAUUGUGCCCCAAAAUGGCAACUAGAAAUUUUGUUUUGGCGAUUGCAACUUUGGUUUAAGGAACCAUUUGGCACCUAGUUUAUAUAUGAGUUUCUAACACUACUCCCUGACUUAAUCAGUAUGAAGUGGUAGGGUCCAGAAAAGAAAUCCAAAUGACAAUUGGCAUGUAAGAAGCACACAUUUAAUGUGGCUGAAAGACACUUUCUAACCUUUUGCGGAUGAAUGAAGUUGAACACUAGUUACAUGGCUUUUUUGUAAUAUCUGCUUGCUUUGUUAUGAAGAUCUUACAAAAGGAUUGCCUGCCUCAUUCAAAUACAUGGAAAUAUUGCCACCUUGUGGGUGGUGCUUUGUGUGCCAUAGCUCCCUCUUUAUAACAUUUCCUGAUAACAUCCGUUGUUGGAUUGUGAACAAAUAAUCUUCCCAGACUUUUGAUCCUUCUCCCCUGAAUGUCUCCUCUCUCAAAUGGGGGGGGGGGGGAUGCAUAUGUUGUAAGUUUUGUUGCUUUGUAAAGAAAUAUGAGUAGUGCUCUUUUAAAUUUGGCAGCGCAAAUCAUAAAGCUGUAUGUUUUGGAUGGAGGAGUGUUUUAGAAUUACUUAACAUCCUGUUUUAACAUGCUGUUCUCACAGUUUGAAUUUUUCUAAGCGUGGUUCUGUGGAAACAUUUUGGGGGUGAUUUUCUUAACACUGUAGAGGAAUACAUCGAAGGAGCAAGCUGUCACUGUCACACCAGAUGUGUAGCGCACUUGAGUUUUUGUUUUAUUCUUAUCAAAGUUAAACCACCAGACACAGUUGCAAUUCUAGUUUAUUUUAGCUAGCUUAGGAUUGCCUUUAUUGAACAUUUGCUCUAGCAAAUUCUCACAACGGGUCUUUCUGCACACCUAAAGGGUGGGAAACUCAGGCUCUGGGGGCAAAUGUGGCCCUCGGGGCCUUGGUCUGGCCCUUGAGACUUUUCUAGCCAUAUUUUUCAUCAGCCUUGCUUCACACCCGCCUAGAGUGAUUUUUCCCUGGCUGGAAUGAGUCUGUGCACUUCAAUAAUGCAUCUUGGUUUCCUGGAUGGCGGGUGAGAGAGGGUUGUGUGAAUUUGUGCAGAAGCUAGUCUACUGUACAUAGGUAAAGUUUAUAUUCAUUGCUCCACCCGCGUGUGCCUGCAGUUUUGCCUGCCCAGAAGGAAAUAUAAUCUUCAAAUUGAAAGGUUCCUCAUCCCUGGCAUAUACCCAGCACUCUGUUGCAAAGUUAGCCUCGCUUCAGGAUGCAGAUGUUGCACCUACAAAUUUCAUUCUAGCUUCACCUGUCCCCUUCUUAAGACUCUUCUAAUUUGUGGGAGCAAGUUGCUGACAAACAAAAAUCUUCCCUUCAUUUACAACAAUAGCAUGUGGUGCUUCACGGUUUCAGCUGUCACAUGUCAACAUACCUACACACCUAUGUCGUAACUCUGGGUAUUUCGUUAAGUAAAUCAGGUUCUGGAUAAUGUCCUCCUUCAGAAUGUCAUUAACAUAAGCACAUAAAGAACAUUAAGCAUCCUAUUCUCAAGAGUGGCAUCCAGACCUGUGGGAAACCUUCAAGCGCAAGAGCGCUGUCUCUCCCCAUCAGCUUCCAGCAACUGGUGUUCAGAAACAUUGCUGUCAUUUUUGGUAUACAGAAGCAUUAAUGUAACAAAAAUGAGUGUUUAUAAGCAGCUAAGGGGCUACAUACAGCUUUGUACAUCAGUUAUAUAAUCAUGCAAGCCGAUGUAAUGUUUCGUCAGAAUGGACAGUAUCUUAGAAUUAUAACGUUGACAAAAAUGAGCAAACAACAUAGUGAACUAACAAGUCAUAUUCUUUUUAUCCUCCUUUCCCUUUUAGGCAAGAAGUUUUUAAGUGGAACGGAUGGGGUUACAAUGACUCAAAAUUCAUCAUCAAUAAGAAGGGACAAGCAGAAUUCACAGGGAAAAGGUAACAUCCUUGUAGAUACAUAAUAUUUCUAAGGGAUGGGGGGCAGGAGGGAUUUAAAAGCACGAAAUGGAUAUUAAAUAAUAGGUGAAGUAAUAUCAUUGGCUUUUGGGUGGGUUGCCCCUGUCAGGUAUGUGGUCUGUUGGUUACCUUUAUGUGAAUAGUUCAUCGGUGGCAGACUAAAGCCAAAGCUGUUACCCUGAUUGUUGCGUGGAUUUGUAGAAAGGGCGGGGGGAUUGGAGUGCGUGUCUGGCCACUUCUACUAGACUGUAGUUUUUUGAGGCUUGGCUUUGUCACCCAGACUCAGAUACUCGGGACGUUGUCUGACCCCUGUCCCAGCAUAACUCCAAUCCCAUAGGUGAUCUAUUCCCUUAUGCACGUCUGUUGCUUCAUCCUACAUGAGCCAAGAUGCAAGUUGCUGCUGCACUUCCAGCUCCCAUCAACCCCGGCCACCAUGGCCAAAAGUCAUGGAUGAUGAGAGCUGUGCUUAAGUCAUGUCUGUAGAGCCACAGGUUAGUUAACUACAAGCACCAGAGGAUUUGUCGGAAUCCUACCCUUAUUAUGUAUACAGAUGAGUUAAUUAUUCUUUAUGUGAACGUAAGAGGGACCCUACUGAAUCAAACCAAGAGUUCAUCUCAUCCAACAUCCCAUUUCGUAUAACAGCUGUAUAGAUGCUUCCAAAAACCCUGUAACCCUACUUGGCAAGGAUGAUCACUGAACAUGGAGAUGCUUUUUUGGCAUCAGUUCUCAUACCUUUUUUAUGAGAGGAGACUUCUCCAUGAAUUUGUCUAAUCAUCCUCCAUAAAACUACUUAAACCACUGGCUGUUGCCACAUCGUAGGAUGGUGACUUUCAUCAGCUUUUUCGGUUUGCUAAUCCCGAAUUCAUUUGUCUAAUACUUUGCUAAAACCAUUUAAGCCACUGGCUGUUGCCAGAUCAUGCGAUGGUGACUUUCAUGAGCACGUAAAAGGUGUACUGCACAUUUUGUGAAUCCUGCUAUCGCCCAAUUAAUUUCAUUGGGUAAACCAAAGGUCUAGUAUUAUUAGAGACGGCCAAACUUAUUUCUAUUUACUUGCUUCACAGUUUGCAUAACUUUUAUCUUUAAAAACUACAUCCAUGUCUUUUUUUCUGAAAUAAAAAGCCACAAAUGCUGCAGCUCUUUCGUAUAGGAAAGAUGCUCCAACCCCUGUUCGCCUUGUCUUCUCUUCCCCAGCUGUAGUCUCCUAGUCAUCUUUUCUUCAAAAGAACCUCAUGCCGUAUUCAAAAUUUAGCCACACCGCUUUUAUUAAAGGACUGCAGCCAAUAGUUAAGGCCAAAGUGACAGCCCACCAUAUUAAAUCCUACUUUUUUUCUCCAGUAGGAAACAGAUUUAUUCCAGCUGUAUUGCAAGUGAUUGACAUGAAACUUUGUGCCCAACUUCUAUACGGCACACCAGUGUGGAUUUCAGGUGACCUCAAGAGGUUGGAUAAAUUCCACGCAUCCCUUCUGAGGUCAUUAUUAGGACUUGCAAACUCUGUAAAAUAUGAAACAAUAUGUUGUGAGCUGGGAAUAUUGCCUUUAUCAGUAAGAGCAUGGUUGAGGACCUUGAAAUAUUGGAUCUUCCUCCAUUAUAGAGCCCUAUCCCCUAAUUCUCUACUUUACGAUCUUUUAAGUGAUAGUGCAAUCUACAAUCUAUCAUUGAUUUGUAGGAGAAAACUGGAUUCGAUAGGGCUCACUCUAAUUGAUUUUGAAAUCUCUGAUCCCAAAGACAUAUGGGAAAUUAUCAGGAAGACUCUUACAGAAAAAGUGUUCUCGCCAUGCUUGAGGCUGCAAAGCACAGCACUUGCUCUCCUAUCCACUUAAAUCUCCCUUUGUGUAGAGAUUUCCAAAGGGAUACAUGACAAAUCUGAAGAAACAUGAAUCGUGUAGGCUGUUUAUGUUGGCCAGAUUCAACAUGUUUCCCUCGGUGGUAGUGAGAGGAAGAUACUUAGCUAUCCCAGAAUCAGAGCGUCUCUGCAAAUGCAGAAAACAGGAACCCAAUACUCUAGAGCAUAUAUUCUUUUCCUGUGAUUUUGGUAGUUAUGCCAGAAAACAAUUAUUUGAGGCCCUAAAAGUUAAUAGACAGAUUUUUACACAACCAACUGUUCAGGACCUGCUGGCGGACAGCGAUGAUCAAAUUACUUUAAUAGCGGCUGAAUUUUUAAGGGCUGUCCAUGAAGAAAGAAUGGGCCAUGAUAAAGAGACUUAGUGGUUUUUAAUGGUAGGUGAUGUUGCAGUGUUGUUGUAUUAUAUUAUCUAUGUACAUCGAUUUAUUUCUUGGAGUUAAGAAUGGGACUGGGAUAAACUGUGUUCGCCGAGCCCGUAUUUUAUACAGUCUGUAUAUGAUGUUUGUUUGUCAGCGUGUGAUGUGCUAUGCCUAAUAAAGGAUUUAAAUCAAUCAAAGUACUGCAGCCCUUGGAUUCUUCUUUUCUGGAAAUACAGUAUUUGUAAUUCCUCCUGUAGUAAACUUGAUGUCAGUUAAUAUGAUGACUUCUAGUUUUUGAAGGAAUAACUUCUCUUCAGCUACUGUUUAAUUUUUCAGUCUAAUUUAGGUGCCUUUCCCUCAGAUUAAUCCCUGAAAACUUGAAGGAAAUAGGCUUCAACUUCUGAUCCUUGUAUUUGUCCUGUAUUUGGCAGCUCUGCACUAAUUCUCUUCAGAUGCUGUCUUUGGGGCAUCCUGAACUACACAAUAUUCUAAAAGUGAGCAUGCCAUGAAUGAAUGCAAUUGUGGCUUUUUAUUUCAGUCCCAUUCAGCCAUUUUGUUGUUUAUUUACCCAGACCAGAGAAAUAUGUGAGAAUUCCUUAAUAUGCUUCAGACUUUGCUCUGUUAACUACCUUCUCAGGCAACAAGUAGUUUAUGUCGCAAAUCACCAGAUAAUUUAUGAAUAAGUUAAAAAGCACUGUUCCUAAUACCAAACUUUGUGUUACUACCAAAAACAGCAACCCUACUCUCUGCUCAAGAUUUUAAUUAACUGCUAUCUGUAAUAGGGUUCUUGUCACCUACUACAAUGUUUUCUUCAUCUUUGAUGGGCUUUCAGAAAGCAUUUGGACAAUUCAGAAGUAUAUAACUGUACAAAAUUGGGUGUUUAUUUGACUCGGGAUUAUGAAAGGUUGUUGAGCGAUACUUUGCUUUGCAGAAGCUGUUCUGGCACUUCACCCACAAGGCUGAUUCUUCUUUCUGCUUAAGAAUGGCUCAUAUUAAAACUCUUUGCAACUUAGCUGCAUAGGCGAGACUGACACAUCUAUAAUUUCCUGGAUCCUCAGUCCCAUCCUUCCAGAAAUUACAUACUCUUUGUGUAUAUUUGAAAAAAAUAAAAUACUAGAUUUGUACUAGCUUCAGGCUAGAAAGAACUGACUAAAAUACUUUCAAAUUCAGGUAUCGGCUAGGUGGUACGGUGUUGCCUUUUUUAGUAGACUGGAUGGAGAAAUAUAUGAGCGGAAGUCUGGAGCAUAAAAGUACUUCUAGAGUAAGUAUAUAAAUGAACAUCUAAUUUGGUAUAACUCAGUGCGACUUCUAAGAUUCCUUUGCAUGCAGUUGGAAUAAGGUUUAACCUCUGAUCCAUCGCCAUUGUCCUUUUUGUACUAUCUGAUAUCCGAGAACUUGGGCAGAGGCCUUUCCCAAGCUUGCUACCAAUGCCCUGUGGUUCCUUACUAUAUGGUUCAGUGUGAAUCUGUGUCUAAAAAUGAAGUACCUUAGUUAAUCUGAUUUGAUUAGGUUUCUUUCCUCUGUAACCUUUCUUAGUAAUGUUACAUUGCUUCCUUUUUGACACAGGUUGAAAAUCCUUUUCUUUCAACAGACUUUUAGUGUUUUGCUUCUGUAUUUUAUAUUUUUAUUUUUUAAUCUAUUUUUUAUAAUGUUACGAUUUACUAGUUCUCAGUUGCUCUGUGGAUAAAAAAGCUGGGAUAAAUAUUGAAUAGCUAACAUACUAAUACUAUGUUUCUGCAAGAUUUCUUGGUCACUAAUUGUUUAGUCAUUUGAUCAGUACCUUUGCACCUGCCCUCCAGAUACUUGGCCAAUUAAGUGAUCAAAUAUAGAUGGGCAGGUACACUUUUAAGUUAAUAAAAUUCCAGCACAAGUACCUGCUAAUUCCAGAUGCCCUAGUUAGCUGUGAAGCAUUGAAAUUGUUCCCUGUACCACUGGUCUCCAUCGUUUUUAGCAAGUGUGCCACAAGUCAAGUCCAAAAUGAAUGUGCCAAUGUCCUUUUACUUUGGGACAGUUUGACUCAGCUAGCAUGGGGGGAGGCAGAGAAGUCCCCUCCAUGCCAUAGCUGGGAUACAGGCACAAGUGCCACAAACCACGCAUGCAACAGGUUAGCAAUUUUAUUACCGAAGUUGAGGACGUAUUUAUUUUUAGCUAGUAACAUUGGCACAAAUUUAAAUGUAUAUUAAAUCUCCUACUAGAGAUUGGAUUGUAAAGCAUGCUUUUAAAUCCAGGGGAAAGUGUGUCCUGGUUGUCAGUUGGAAGUUUGGGAAGCAAGCUGACAUGAUACAACUUGGUUGCUGUUGAGGUAUAAUCCUGCCCCACUGCUUUGCCUGCAUUUUUACGCUAAACUGCAUUUCUAAGUAUUGCAGUAGAACUUGUCUAGAACAAUUGCUUUGCAGUGCAAUUGUUAAAGCAUUUGGGGCAAACCUAAAUGGAGAAGUAGAUGUCUUUCCCAAGGAGGAGAAUGUAAUAAAGUAUAGCCUGAGCUAAGGAUCUCCUAAAAAGGACUUGCAUUUCUACUAGAGUUAAAUGGAAGUGAGUUGGAUAAAUACAAUUAAAACUUUCAGUUCUUAGAGCCUUUACCUUCCAUUCAUUAAGUGUAAUCUACUUCAGACCAAUAUUUUAGAGGUCAGUGAUACUUGACGGCUAGAGUAGAAGCACCAUGCGGAAGAAUAUCCCUUUUUCAGUAGAAAUCUCUCUGAUGCUAGUGCCUCUCAGCUGGCUGUAGCUCAGGCAGGCAGAAAUGAAGCAGGGAGAAAGCAAGUGAGAUAGACAUGGUACCCUCCUUUUCUUUUAACACCAUUGGUUUGGGCAACCCAGGUGUUGACACAGGUAGCAGGAAAUAAAAGUCCUUUGAAAUAUAACAGUGAUGUUGAAUGAGCUGAACGCUGACCACAAGAAAGGUAAAGGGUUUUACCCAAUUUCAACACCAGUAAAUGGGUUUGAGUCAUACUUUACCUUUGGCCUCUGGUAAGAACCAUCAAUGGUUUGUCCUUCCUGCACCUUCCCUAGGACUAUUUAAAACCUUUGUGACCCGAGGAAUGGCUGAAACAAGGAAGGCCAGGCCAGGAAGCUAUUGCCAUCAGCUUCCAGUCAGCUUAAGAGCUCUGCAUUCUCUAGCACUUGUUGGUGUUAGUAUUUCAAAAUUGUGUAUCGCCCUGGCUGCCUUGUUAGAAAGGUACUAUAUAAGUGCAAUAAUACAGAGAAAUAAAUAGUUUGAAAAGGGACAACACAAAAACAAAUUGGUUUCCCAAGAGCUUGGCAUUUCUCUUCUUGUAGAAGUACCUUGCCUCUCUGCGGGAGUUUAUUCUUCUGAAUAUCUGUGCUGAGCACAGCUGUGUUUUUCUUUUACAUUGAAGGCAUCCUUGAAUCUUAGUGAUGUGCCUCCUUCUAUUGCAAAUGAAGAAUUUAUCAAAGACCUCCAAGCUGCUAAAAUAUCAUAUACCCAAGAAGCAGAAGCUAGGAUAUUCAGAGCUCAUGGUAAGAACACACACACACACACACACACACACACACACACACACGAGUGCAUUUUAACUGUAUGUUUAUUUUUUAACUUGACAUCUUUGUAAACAUCGCCCCCCCCCCCUUUUGUACUUUAGGUCAUUGCUUACAUGAACUAUAUAAGCUCAGGGAAGGAAUGUUUCAACGAGUUCCUGAUGUAGUUGUAUGGCCAGGUAAGCUCUUUAGAAUGUUUUUCUCAUUCUUCAAAGGCUUUCCCCCACCCUGAAGUCCAAUAUAGCAAAAUACAAAUCUGGGGGCGGGGGAUGAACUUGAUAUUGGAAAGCACUUGCAGAUGUUGGCAGAGUACAGAAUCUCAUCCAGUACUUGGUCCAGGAAUGUUGUUUGGAAGUCUGCCAAGAAUGCUGCUUAUGCAGCCUGGUGAAAAAGCCUUUGCAGAACAGAGGCUCUGCUUUACUUGUUUGGUCACUUUCCUCCAAAGUAAAAGAAAACCGUGUCAAAAUUUGAAAGGUAGAUGCAACAUGGGCACAGGAUCAAAACAUACAAACGCGUGAAAGACUUGGAAGCUUUUUUCAGUGUGUGCAAACCUUUAAUUUUCUGAAGAUGAAAUAAAGUUCUGAUAUGGUAAGCUUUCAACCAGAUUUUCACGGGCAACAGAUUCUUGCUAAAGAAAGAAACCUGAGCCAUGCUAGCAAUUUCAAGAACACGUAAUUUGCUGUUCAGAAUGCAUUACAUUGGUUCUUGUUUACAGUUUCUGUGAUUUACUGGCCUUUACCCAGCUGGCUCCUUCCAGCUGUGCAACUUAGAUGCUGGGAAGACUUGGCUCAGUAGCCUUUAUUUUUAUUUCUAGUUGUUAAUACCAGAAUAUUUGCUGGGGUGCUUUCUGAGCAUUUUCCAGAGAAACCAAAGCUUCUUCAUUUAUGCUCCAUUGAAACCAACAUAGCAAGUUAGUCGAAACCAACUGGAGAGUUUCAUGACCCACUUUAGAUGGAUUCAGGCCACUGCUCUAAAUCAAGACAUGGACACCUUUCCUAUUGACUGUUCUUGCUAGUUUAUUUUCAACUUGUUUCAAACUAGCAGAAAUAUAUAGGGAGGAAUGUAGCGCUAUGUAAGCUUUUCAGAUUUCCAGGCAAAAUAAUCCCCUCUCUCCUUGCCCCCUCAUUCUGGGGGUUCUCGUGACCUCUCCCGAGCCAGUGGAGUCCUUGUGCAAGCUCCUGCUCCUGGGAUGAUUCAUUGGUUGAAUCUAGCCCAUACUUUGUUGUCUGUAGCAUAUACCGUAUUUUUCUGUGUAUUGGACAAGGUUUUUUGACUCAAAAAUCACGUCAAAAAACUUGGGUCGUCCAAUACACGGAUAGUGGCAUGGCUGGGGGCAAUGGGAGAGUACAGUACUUAUUUGCACCUCCAUCUCAUAACACUUGGUGCAUCCAUAACUACUUCAAGCACUAGAGUUUUUACCAGCUUGGGCUGGUGCACCAACAAUGUCCCUUCCUCCAGAAGCUGAAUCUGGCCAGGGUUGCUUUUCAGUAACCUCCAGACCUGAGUACUAUAAAGCACUUAACACCAGGCUGGCCUUGAAAAGCUUUUGGAAGCUUCAGUUAGUGCAGAUUCCUGCCACCAGAUGGACUAACACCCACCAACAAUCAGAGCAUAUUACAGAGUGGGACCAGACCAGUUGCCUAUUGAUUUCUGGGCUUGAAUGCUGAUUCUUGCUGCUUGAAUGCCCUGUUGGGGACUGGAAUAUCUUAUAGAAUGCCUUUCCUUUGUGCACUCUGUUCAGUGUCUGAGGUCCUGCCUUGCAAUCCCUCACCAAAGUUCAUGCAGUUUUUGCUAGAAGCAGGCGUUUUUCAGUUGUGGCAUCAACCUUACGGAAUGACUUUUCCAGAAGAACCCAUUAUGCACUAUCAUCUUGGACCUUCAGGUGCCAAGUUGAAGCCUGACUUUGUAGAAAGGCUUUUGGCUGGCUGUUGGUUUUACUUUCCUCCUGUGUUACUUCUAUUUUCACGGCCUUGCUUUUUUGAGCAUCUGCUAAAUCUGUAAUUUGCUGUUACUUGAAUUGUAAUUUUGUUGUGAGGUUCUUUUUGAUAGUUUUAGCUUUUUGUGUUUUGUUUUGUUUUUAAAAAAGGCAAAGUGUAAGCAACUUUGGUUCAAUGUUUAAGAGGAACAUGUGAAAAAUUCAGAACCAAAUAGAUGAUCUGGGCUCAAUCCAUUUUUGCCAGCCAGUAUUGCAUAUAGUUCUUCCCUGAGUCCCAAUAUUGGUGGUGCAGAGACUCCUUUUCAUCUCAUAGUGAAAGUGUCCAAAACAUUGAGACAUCACUUCCUUAACUCUAGUAUAGUUGUGGCCUCUGACAUGAAUGUAACAGCAAGCCACUGUGAAAUACUUUAGUACGUUUAAAUUUUAACAGAGAUCACUGUCUUAAUAUAUGUUAAUUCUCUAUUUAUACUUCUGUUUAUAGAGUGCCAUGAUGAUGUGGUUAAAAUUGUGGAAAUAGCCUGCAAGCAUAACGUUUGUAUUAUACCAUAUGGUGGUAAGUUACAUAGCAAUUUUAUGCCUUAAGGAGAAUAAUUGUCUUGUUUUCAGUGGCCAGAAUCCAAAGUGCUGCUUCAGAUAUAGCUAAUGGCUUUUGUAUGCCCAGUGGGAUUUAUUUUUAUUUUUAUUUUUAUUUUGAAGAGCAGACUCCCUUGCUAUGUUGCCUUUUGCUUGAGGAAGCCUCCUCCCAAGUUCAAAUGUAGCACUGUUUAUUAUUUUUAAAAUGAUUUGAGCCCCAUAGUUAAGUAUCUGAGAACUAGCACGAAGGCACGUGAACGAAAAAUAAUGUCAAUGCGUUUCUUGUAUCUGCAGGAGGAACAAAUGUUUCUAAUGCUCUUGAGUGUCCUGCUGAGGAGAAAAGAACGAUUGUUUCAUUGGACACCUCACAAAUGGUAUGUGGAAAAAGCAUUUUCAGGCAAAACUGUGUAGAAUGUCAGAUUGUAAAAAGUAUUUCAAAUACCAAAAACAUAACUUAAGCUGACUUCCCUCACACGGUAACAAAGACUGUGGGGAAGGUGACAAUGGACAUCUUUAUAAGGCCUUGGCUAUUUUUGGUUCCUAUCCAAAAAGUUGAGUAUUUUGUAGGAUCAGCAUGCUUGGUAGCAGAGUGAAGAUUUUGAGCCUGGCUUUCUCAAGUCCCAAGCCCAGCACUCUAAGCAUUAUGUCACAUUGGCUGUCUGUUGGGAGCAUAAAGACUGCCACUGGGUUAGAUAGCUAAUUGAUUUCAUAAAGCAUGAAAUAGAGCUUUCAGCUUCCGAAUAACUUAACAGCUAAGUUUGGAGGGGGUGGGAAGAAACACUGUGGUCCUUCUGUAUACAAUGCAAGGUCAACCAUCUUUAUUUCAGUGAAUUCGUGCAGCAUAAAGAUGUCAUUACUGAUCAUCAGUUUGUCCAGAAUCCUUUCUCUUAAAACUUCUGUAUAAUAUCCCCUUCUGGUUUGCGCAUAGGGUGGAGCACUGCUUGGCGUGGCGUUUGCCAUACUUGCCCAAUCCCAGUUCAUAGUGCAACACUCAACUAGGGCAAGGUGCCCCAGUAGAAAACAGGAUAAGGUUCAGCAGUUAAUAUCUGAAGUAGGCACAAGCACAUCUUGUUCCUUUUUAAAAAAUCUAGCCUCUAGCAGGAUUGAGUAAGGAAAAAAAAAUCACCUGUUAAUCUUCUUGUAUCCUUUACUACUCUGAGUACUUCAUCUGCAAACAAUUUGCUAAGACCAUAUUGAUUGCAUUGGUAAAUUGAUGCAUAGUUCUUAUAUGAAUCCAUGGGCCUCAGUUCCCUGUGGAUAUUUUUGCUUUAGGCGAUUGGGCCUACAUCAUUACAAUUUUAGUUCCUGUGUGAAACAGUAAUAGUUCAGACAGGCAAAAAAUACGUAUGUUUACACCUUCCCAUUUCCAGCCCCUGAAGGCACAAUCCUAUACAUGUCUGCUUGGAAGUAAGCCCUAUUGUGUUUAAUGGGGCUUACUUUCAGGUAAGUGUGUGGAAUUGGCUAAACGCUGUUGAUUUUGUCAACUGUCAAAUUGUUUCACAAGUCUUACUUUGGUUUCUUUGUAAUAGAACAGGAUUCACUGGAUAGAUGAGAAAAAUUUAACCGCUCAUGUUGAAGCUGGCAUUGUUGGACAAGACUUGGAAAGACAGGUAUCUUACUCCUUUGAAAAUUACUUUCGGUUUUUACAUUGCCAAAUGUACUGUGUAUAUUUUCCAGGUUAUUGAGUCAGCUCUGUCUUAAUCAUUAUACCGGUUCGUGUCUUGCAGACAUGACCGCGCCAGGGUAGAUGUUGCUGAGAUAGUAGUGUGAACAUGCUGGGAAAAUGAGCUUGGGAGAGCACGUCUUUGUUUGAGACUUGGUCCUGCCACGUGAUGCCUCAAAUCUUCCUGAUGUGGCGCAUGUGGAAGGCAUUGAGGCAUCGCUUCUGACAGGUGUAAGUUUCCCUUGGCUCACUGCCAGAAAGCAGCAUGCCCAACACACAAGCCUGGUGGGACCAUCUUGGGAUUGGUUGUUAGCAUCACAUUCUCCCAGAUGCUUUUGGAGAGGUGAGCCACUGCUGUAGCUGCCUUGCCAGUACACCUAUCCAGCUUGGUGUUGAUGGAGAGGUUGCUGGUUAUGGUGGAGCCCAGGUAGACAAAACCGCCUACCACCUCAAGCAUGUGGUCACCAGUGGAGUGCAGGCGACAUCCUGAACCAGGAUGUUGGCCAUCAUCAGGCUGGUGGUAAGGUUGAACUCCAUUCAGGCUGGGACAAAAUGGUUGGUGAGACUCCGUAGAGCUUCCUGAGAGUGUGUUGUCAAGGCUGUUACAAAAAAACCCCUCAUAGAUAAGGACCCGCCACGCUUUCGUUUUGGUGUGGAGGCAGGCCAGGUUGAAUAGAGCCCUGUCGCUCCAUGAAUGGAUGUACACACUGUCUUCAGUUGAGCUGAAGGCAUAUGAGAGCUACGGGGAGAAGAAUAUGUCAAAGUUGGGGCAAGAAUACAGCCCUGUUUCACAUCGCUCUUAAAGGGAAGGUGACAAAGGAUUGCUGUAGAUCAGGGUUUCCCAAAAUUGGUUCUCCAGCGGAUUUUGGACUACAACUCCCAUCAUCCCCAGCUAGCAGGACCAGUGGUCAGGGAUGAUGGGAAUUGUAGUCCAGAAACACAUUUGGGGAGCACUGCUGUGGAACUUGUCUAAAAGCAUUCUCAAGUCCUACAUACUUUAAAAUAUGUUUGAAUCGUUAACUACUUGCGAUACUUAGUAAUAGACUUUCUGUAGAUGAGUGGUCCUCCUUUAAAAGGGUUCUGUAGCUUUUUCCAAAGAAAUGAUUUUUGUUGCAAACUACGAACACAGCACUUUCUGAUGAGAUGGCCUUUCAUACUUUUUAUUUUUAUAUCCUCUUACUGUUUGAUGUAGUAUUUUAACCUUUCCAGAGCUGUAGCUUUUUUUAAAAAAGGUUGGAAUUAAAAUGCACAGAGCAUAUUCUCUUAAUUUAAAUGACAUUUUUCCAGGCUAGUAACUUCGGAUGUUUCACUAACUGUUCCAUUCUUGAAAUGCCACAGACUCUUGUCCCACUAGAAUAAGGCAUAAUAGCUUCUUUUGCUGCAGCUUUUUUUCUUUAAAACCAAAGCAAUUCCUGCCAUUUCUCUUGGGGGGGGGGGGCUUCUUCUGGAUCACAAAGAUUGUUACUCAGUGUAUAUUUUUAUAUAAUCAGAACAUAUUCACAGCACUUUGGUAAACAUAUGAAGCAUGUUCAAGAGUAUAUACUCAAGUAUUGUGAGUGGGUCAUGUGGUCCUGUAGGUGUUCCUCUGCAGAAAUAUGUGAUCUUGUUCAAAAGAAUUUGCAUAGCAAGGGAAUUUGACAUUUGACAGUGCUAGUCCACAGAAGCUCCAGCAGUGCCUAUGCUUGCAAUCUGUCCAGAGGAUGCUAGGGGUUUGGAGUGGUUUUUCUUUUAUUUUUUAAAGCUUACGUUUCAUAUUCUAAUAAUAAAUUCAUAUACCCUGCUAGUGAUUUAAACAUAACCCUCAUAUAAUGUGGCUGUUUGGAGGGGAUGCUUCUUGAUGUUUUAUGAGAGGGCAGUAUAUAGUAUACAUUUAUAAGUAAAACUGUGCUAGCACACAGUCUUGUGGUUUACAUUUUAAGAGCUCAAGACUUGCUGUAUUAUCAGAUCUUUAAGAUAGGGAAUGCCAAUCCCUGCAUCGUUGAAAUGUCAUGGUGACCAUACUGUAGCAUGUAAUAAAGCAGAAGAAAUGGGCAGGUAUAUAUAUUGCGUUUAAGCAAUUCCAGACGCAGAGCAGCAACACUGCAUGCGUGGACUUGCUCUUCCUCUCCUCACUCCUGCACCCUGAAAAUCUGCUCCAUACUGUCCCCACAAUACUCCAGAGCAGAUUAUUUAGGGGGUACAGUGUGUGAUGCAAUUUAACUAAUGGUGUGUUCUGGUGGAUGGACACAAUUGCAUAUUACUCUUAUUAUUAUUUUACUAAUAGAAGUUGUACCAGAAAACACUUGGGAGCUAUUCCACCCCAUAGGGCAUUCUUGAAUAAUCCAUCUCUCAGAUGUUUUCAGCACAUAAUGUGGUUUCAAACGCAAGCCCAUGUGACCAGUUCCUGUGCCAGUUGACAUAAAAGACUGUUCUGCUGAGCAGUUUCAUUGGGAGAGCUUUGGGGGUCAAUGUAUAAAGGCAUUUCAUUCCAUUUUUGAGGCAGUGCAGAUGGCAAAGCCCAACUAAUAAAGAAAAAUGAAACCAGUGAUAAAUGCGUAGAAAUUCCUCAUCUGCAUAGCAAAUAUACUGUAGUAUUGCACAUAGAAAUCCCAGCCAGAUGGUUGUAUAUUAAGUUGCCUCUUCUUGAACGAAUGGAAUAUAAUUGGUUGCUCAGGAUUUCUACAGACCCAGCUGCAGAUUACCAGAACCAUAACGAAGUGCUUGCUGUAUUGUCUUUUAAGUGAAAUCUUUUGAGCUGUAGUCUUCAAGCUAAAAUUGUGUCUCAUCAAAUGUUCUUAAUAAGGGAUCAUAUUUAGGUAUUUUGAACUGUGGGGAUAAAUAAGGCAAAGCUAACAGCUACAUUUAAUACAUGCUACUGAGACCUGUGUCCAGUUCAUACAAUAAUCUUUGGCUAUUUUUCACCCUCUUCUGAUUGUGUAGUCAUGGGCGUAGUACAACAUCAGCUUGAGGUACGUGGCUUUGCAACUGUUUUUGCAAUAAGGGCGGUGUUAAAAGUACUGCCAUGAUAGAAUCGUAGAGUUGGAAGGGACUCGGAACAGUAAUCUAGUCCAGCCUCCCCCUCCCCCAAAUGAUGCAGCAAUCACAGCUAAUGCUAACGAAUUGUCUCAUGGGUGAAUCGUCUGUGUACUUCUGCAUGAUUGUAGGCCCCUGUAUACCGGAGGGUGAUUAUGUGGUGAAAACUUGGUAGCAAAAAGUAUGGUUCUGUUUGGAGUAACCAUGUUAAUGAAAGCAGAUUUUAUUUUAUUGGUGCAAGACAGCAGGCUUUCCUGCCCGUCUCUGGAAAGACACGCAUCUACAAAGCCAAAUUCUGGAGUUCAAGUUUCAUUUCCUUAGAAAGCUGUUUGUUACAUGAAUGCUGUCGUCUUUUCAUGUGUUUAGCUGGGUGAAAGCGGUUACUGUAUGGGCCACGAACCAGAUUCAAUGGAAUUCAGUACACUUGGAGGCUGGGUGGCAACGCGAGCAUCAGGCAUGAAGAAAAACAUUUACGGAAACAUUGAAGACCUGGUAAUAAUUCCCCCCCCCCCCCAGCAAAUGAUCUCAUUACUGUUCAUCGGUGUUUGAUGCUUGUUCUAGUUCUAAUCUUUUUGUCAGUUAGUGGAAACUUAGGUUGUUCUGAAAUUCCAAAGAUAGUGUUUUUUUUAAAAAAAACCCAGUCUAGUCUUAGAGAGGCAAAGUUGAAUAUUAAAUGUUUUGAUCAAUAGUGGUAUAUUUGGGUUUAGGCUAAUGAUGGUUUUGGUAUGCUCACAUGCUUUUGUAUGUUUCAAUUCAUAUGUAAUUUUUAGGCAAAUAUAUUUUAUUAUACAGGUGGUUCAUAUAAAAAUGGUAACCCCAAGAGGUGUGAUACAGAAAAGCUGUCAAGGACCGCGUAUGUCAACAGGACCUGACAUCCAUCAUUUCAUUUUAGGAUCUGAAGGUAUGCAUCAAAAUAGAAUUGCAGUUUUUGUGUGCAGUUGUUUUGAGCCACAAGUCCUCUCAUCCCUGACCAUUGGCCAUGCAGGCUGCAGCUAAUGGAAGGAGUCCAAAACAACUGGAAGACAUUGGAUUUGAUAGGGCUUAUUCCUUUUGCCAUAAAGAAUAAGAUUUCUAAGGUUGAUGCCGUUAGAUGCAGUGCAAUUUCAACACAGUACAUAUAGCUGUAGACCUAUUUUGGUGUGAUGUAAUAAUUUGUACUGCUAAGGAAGAGGCUGGUGCCUUUUUCUUGGAGUAGUGCCAGAUUAGUAAUGCCUCUUGCUGAACACUAACUCUCCUGCAUCUUAGACUGCAUUUCUAAACACACUACACUGGUACCUCAGGUUACAUACGCUUCAGGUUACAUACGUUUCAGGUUACAGACUCCGGUAACCCAGAAACAGUACCUCAGGUUAAGAACUUUACCUCAGGAUGAGAACAGAAAUCACAUGGUGGCAUUGGGAGGCCCCAUUAGCUAAAGUGGUGCUUCAGGUUAAGAACAGUUUCAGGUUAAGAAUGGGCCUCCGGAACGAAUUAAGUACUUAACCCGAGGUACUACUGUAUUGAGUAAGCCCCACUAAGCACAGUGGAACUUUGAGUAAGCAUAUCUAGGGUGCUUUUUGCUUUAGCCACUCCUCUUAAAAGUCAUUAUAGCUUGGAUUUUCUGAUCAUAGAAACUCUGUGUUCUAUGUAAGGUGAAAAAACUAAAACAAAUGGAACAUCACAGCAUUUUGUAACAAGGUAGCCCUGUGUAUGCAAUAGGUAAAAGGUGAAACACCCCUGGAUGGUUAAUUCCAGCCAAAUUUGACCGUGGUGUCCGGUGGUGAUCUCUGCUUUCAGGCCAAUGGAGCUAGCAUUUCAUAGAAUCAUAGAGUUGGAAGAGACUACAAGGGCCAUCGAGUCCAACCCCCUGCCAAGCAGGAAACACCAUCAGAGCACUCCUGACAUAUGGUUGUCAAGCCUCUGCUUAAAGACCUCCAAAGAAGGAGACUCCACCACACUCCUUGGCAGCAAAUUCCACUGUCGAACAGCUCUUACUGUCAGGAAGUUCUUCCUAAUGUUUAGGUGGAAUCUUCUUUCUUGUAGUUUGGAUCCAUUGCUCCGUGUCCGCUUCUCUGGAGCAGCAGAAAACAACCUUUCUCCCUCCUCUAUGUGACAUCCUUUUAUAUAUUUGAACAUGGUUAUCAUAUCACCCCUUAACCUCCUCUUCUCCAGGCUAAACAUGCCCAGCUCCUUAGCCGUUCCUCAUAAGGCAUCGUUUCCAGGCCUUUGACCAUUUUGGUUGCCCUCCUCUGGACACGUUCCAGUUUGUCAGUGUCCUUCUUGAACUGUGGUGCCCAGAACUGGACACAGUACUCCAGGUGAGGUCUGACCAGAGCAGAAUACAGUGGCACUAUUACUUCCCUUGAUCUAGAUGCUAUACUCCUAUUGAUGCAGCCCAGAAUUGCAUUGGCUUUUUAGCUGCCGCGUCACACUGUUAGCUCAUGUCAAGUCUGUGGUCAACCAAGACUCCUAGAUCCUUUUCACAUGUACUGCUCUCAAGCCAGGUGUCACCCAUCUUGUAUUUGUGCCUCUCAUUUUUUGUGCCCAAGUGCAAUACUUUACAUUUCUCCCUGUUAAAAUUCAUCUUGUUUGUUUUUGCCCAGUUCUCUAAUCUGUCAAGGUCGUUUUGAAGUGUGAUCCUGUCCUCUGGGGUGUUAGCCACCCUCCCAGUUUGGUGUCAUCUGCAAAUUUGAUCAGGAUGCCCUUGAGUCCAUCAUCCAAGUCGUUGAUAAAGAUGUUGAAUAAGACCGGGCCCAAGACAGAACCCUGUGGCACCCCACUAGUCACUCUUCUCCAGGAUGAAGAGGAACCAUUGAUGAGCACCCUUUGGGUUCGGUCAGUCAGCCAGUUACAAAUCCACUGAGUGGUAGCAUAGUCAAGACCGCAUUUUACCAGCUUCUUUACAAGAAUAUCAUGGGGCACCUUGUCAAAUGCCUUGCUGAAAUCAAGGUAGGCUACAUCCACUGCGUUCCCUUCAUCUACCAGGCUUGUAAUUCUGUCAAAAACGAGAUCAGGUUAGUCUGACAUGACUUAUUUUUCAGAAAUCCAUGCUGACUAUUGGUGAUCACAGCAUUCCUUUCUAGGUGCUCACAGACUGUUUGCUUAAUGAUCUGCUCCAGAAUCUUCCCUGGUAUUGAUGUCAGACUGACUGGGCGGUAAUUAUUUGGGUCCUCUCUUUUCCCCUUUUUGAAAAUAGGGACAACAUUUGCCCUCCUCCAGUCUGCCUGGACUUUGCCUGUUCUCCAGGAAUUCUCAAAGAUGACUGCCAGUGGUUCUGAGAUCACAUCUGCCAGUUCUUUUAAUACUCUUGGAUGCAGUUCAUCUGGCCCUGGAGACUUGAAUACAUCUAAAUUAGCCAAGUAUUCUUGUACUAUCUCCUUAGUUAUUCUGGGCUGUGUUUCCUCUGCUGAAUCAUUUGCUCCAAAUUCUUCAGGUCGGGCAUUGUUUUCUUUAUCGGAGAAGACUGAGGCAAAGAAGGCAUUGAGGAGUUCAGCCCUUUCUGUGUCCCCUGUUUGCAUUUCACCAUCUUCUCCUCUGAGUGACCCCACUGUUUCUUUGUUCUUCCUUUUGCUACAAACAUACCCAUAAAAGCCUUUUUUGUUGCUUUUAACCUGUCUAGCAAGCCUGAGUUCAUUCUGUGCUUUAGCUUUUCUGACUUUGUGUCUACACGUGCUGGCUAUUUGUUUGAAUUCCUCUUUGGUGGUUUCCCCCCUUUUCCAUUUUUUGUACACAUCCUUUUUUAAUCGUAACUCAGUUAAAAGUUCUUUAGAUAGCCACCCUGGCUUCUUUAGGCACCUUCCAUGUUUCCGUCUCAUUGGUAUUGCCUGAAGUUGUGCUUUUACUAUCUCCCUCUUAACAAACUCCCAGCCAUCAUGAACUCCCUUUCCUUUUAGUAUUACUGUCCAUGGGAUCUCACCCAGCACUUCCCUAAGUUUUAUGAAGUCGGCUUUCUUAAAGUCAAGAAAUUGAGUCCUAGUAUGCUUGGCUGCUCCUUUCCGCUGUAUAAUAAACUUCAGAAGAGCAUGAUCACUCGCGCCUAAUGAUCCUUCCACUUCUACCCCACUAACCAGGUCAUCAACAUUGGUUAGGACCAGAUCUAAAAUGGCUGUUCCUCUUGUUGCUUCUCCCACUUUCUGGACAAUGAAGUUGUCUGCAAGGCCAGUGAGGAAUCUGUUUGACCUUAUGCUCUUGGCUGAGUUUGACAUCCAACAAAUAUCCGGGUAAUUUAAGUCCCACAUUACUACUAUCUCCCUUCCUUUUGCAUGCUUGGCCAUCUGUUCCAGGAAGGCAUCAUCUAUGUCCUCCGUUUGGCUUGGGGAUCUAUAGUAAACUCCCACAAUGAGGUCACUGUUAUUCUUCUCUCCCUUAAUUUUGACCCAAAUGCUCUCACUUUGGCUUUGAGGUUCUAAAUCUUGGAUCUCUUCACAGGUAUACACAUCCCAGACAUAUAACGCCACUCCUCCUCCUUUCUUGUCUGGUCUAUUUCUCUGAAAUAGAUUGUAUCCCUCCAUUAUUACAUUCCAAUUGUGGGACUUAUCCCACCAGGUUUCAGUGAUGCCUAUUAUGUCAUAUUUAGUUUGCUGUACCAAGAGCUCAAGCUCAUCUUGUUUAUUUCCCAUGCUUUGCGCAUUAGUGUACAGACAUUGAAGUCCAUUAAUCAUUCCCCCGUGUCUCUUAUUUAAGGAUUUUUUCCUCCCACCACUAGGUCUGCGUGCUGUUUGCUCCAUUUGGUCUAUGACAUUUGGAUGAUCAUCUUCAUCAAUUGAUAGACUCCUACCUUCAGGAGCACUGUUUCCCUCCCCCACAUUAGUCAGUUUAAAGCCCUCCUGAUGAGGUUUCUGAGAUUUUGGCAAAAAUAUUCCUCCCAACCGUUGUGAGGUGCAGCCCAUCGCUUGCCAGAAGUCCAUCUUCAAGAAACUGCAGUCCGUGAUCUAAGAAUCCAAACCGUUCCUGUUUACACCAUUUGCGAAGCCAGCUGUUCACUUCCACUAUUUUCCCUCUCUCCCUGGGCCACGUCGUUCAACUGGGAGGACAGAUGAGAUGACAAUUUGUGCAUUUAAUUGCUUCAAUUUCCUGCCCAGAGCCUCGUAGUCUCUUUUGAUCUUCUGGAGGCUAUUGCUUGCAGUGUCAUUGGUUCCCACAUGAACCAAGAGGAAGGGUUAUUUGUCAGUGGGUUUUAUGAUUCCUUGCAGUCGUUCAGUUACAUCUUGGAUCUUAGCCCCGGGGAGACAGCACACUUCCCGAGACAUCUUGUCAGGCCCACAGAUCACUGCUUCUGUUCCCCUCAGUAGGUAAUCCCCUAUCACCUACACUACACGCCUCCUCUUAGGUUUGGUCGGGGUUCUUCCGUGAGCUGUCCGUUCUAAGGUCGCCUGCGCAUUCCCUGAGGACUGACUUUGCUGCUCGUCUUCAUUUACCUGAUCGACUGUAAUGAGGGAGAGAUCCUCAAAUGGAGUCUGUUCUUCGUCUUCCAUGCUAGGGGAGAGGACCUCAAAGCGAUUGUGUAUUUCUAAACAAUCAGAGCGAACCCUGGGCCUCCUACUUCUUUGAGUCACGUUUCUCCAUAUCUGGCUCCUGUGUUGGUGAACUAGCCUCCUUCUCAGCGGAGUCCCCUGUCUCCUCCUUGGUGGAGACGGUGUGCUCUGUUGCUUCCAAGAAGAGCUCCAACUCUCUAAUUCUUUGGAGCGUAGCUACACAUUCCUCCAGUUGCUGGACUUUGUCUUUUAAGAGGGCAAUCAACAUGCAAUUGCUGCAGUUAAAGCUGCCUGCAACCUUUGGCAAGAUGGCAAACAUUGCGCAGGAACCGCAGGCGACUGCAGCUGUUCCCUCCCCCUCCAUCUUGAGAACGUGUCGUUAGGGGUGGCAACAGCAGUCCUCCAUCAUAAAAAGCGUGAAGACAGGACAAAUAACUCCCCCCACAAAAAAAACCUAGGUCUCCCCCAACAAACGUUUGAGACUAGCUCCCCUAAAUCUAAAAGAUGGAUCAAACUGCGCGCGCCACUAGGCCUCUGACCUUUGCACAGGGAGAGCAGCUAAUCAGCCACAAAGAAACGCACACACACAAGAAAACCCUUUUUGCUCCUUCUUCAACUGCUGCCCUGCAAGCUCUCACAGACAGCUUUUCUGGGUCAUGUGGCCAGCAUGACUCAACCACUUUUGGCGCAACGGGACUCCGUGACUAAAGCUAGAGCACAUGGAAACACCAUUUACCUUCCCGCCACAGCAGUACCUAUUUAUCUCCUUGUGCUGGUUUGCUUUUGAACUGCUAGGUUGGCAGGAGCUGGGACAGAGCAGCGGGGGCUCAUCCCAUCGCAGGGAUUCGAACUGCCAACCUUCCGAUCAGCAAACCCAAGAGGCACAGUGGCUUAGACCACAGCGCCAUCACGUCCCUGUUAUUCAAUAGGGCAUUACAGUACAGAGUACCUAGUUUCCUAGAGGUGCUUCAUUUGCAGUGGACAUCCAGCUAAAUGUUGGAUUACAAGAGUACAGAGAUGAAAAUUCUCUGUCGGGAUUAAGUAGGGACAGUAGAACUCUGGUGCGCUGUGUUUGCUGAAGCGUUAAACUAAUUUAUUAAAACCGUUUUAGAGUUCUCAUUUGGAAUAAGGGAAAAGUGAUGGACACGUGACAGAUAAUGUGAAAUUGCCCUUUUUUUAGUCUACAUUGUCAUUUUACAAAAUCUGUGCAAGCCUAUCCCGUCUGAGCAAGCGUAUCAGCUUGCUGGACAGAACAAUUCCCUCUCUCCCAGCCCCUUCUCCUGACCUCCCCAGAAGCCAUUGCACUGGGCUUCAAUUGAUGCUGAUACACAAUGAUGCACAAUACAUUUCUAUGAAGAAAUUCUGAGGCACUCUGUGUUGUAGUGCAUUGACCCAUUUUAUUUACUACAUGCAGUAGCUCGGGCAUGGUGCCAAACCAUGGAUUGACUUAGUUAUAGAUGAGAACCCAGACUAUUUUGACUACCAAACAUACAAGGCAGCCAUAGUUACAGAGUUGCUGGUUUGCUUGCAGUUUCUUUCUGUUCAGCACACUUCCACUUGAUUGCUGGGCACACGCUGCCUUGUUUCCCAGUACUUUUUUUCUGUUCUGUUUAAAUGAUUGGCAGGUGCUGUCAAAAUAUGAGAAAGCCUCUUUUGAUGUUUUGCUUGAUACUAAACAGUGCAAAACAAUUUCUUUCUAUAUUGGUCCUUUUGGAAGAAAAACACCUAGCACACUAGUUAUAACUUGCCCUUGGUGCUUAUUUCCAGUGCUUUUUUUUCUAAAAAAAAAAAUGUUUAGGGGGUACUCUCAUUUUCCUACUCAUAUUGAAAUACUGCCCCUCAAUGAGGCCAAACAUAGAUUCACAAAAUGUUUAGGGGUAUGCGUCCCCCCAGAAAAAAGCACUGCUUAUAUCAUAGUUUUAACUACACUACGUUGAAAGAGCAAAGCUUUCUUCACAUUAUGAUGGAACUUUGAAAUUACAUCAAUAUUUAAUCUUACGAAUUUUAUUUCUACAAUUAGAAAGCUAAUCCUCACAGUUUGAUAAAUACUGCAUUAACUGAACAUUACUGCGCUAACUGAACACCGCCGUUUGGAGGUUCUGGAAUAGGAAAUAUUUGUUAAAGAAUUGGGCAUGGUUUUCAAAAUAAACAAAGAUGGGAUUCUUAAUUUUGCCUAUUAAAUCACAAAAUGAUUUUUGUAAAUCUUUCGACGAUAGCAAAAUGACCAUUUCCCUCUUUUUAUAAAGGAACCCUUGGAGUGGUAACAGAAGUUACAAUAAAAAUUCGACCAAUCCCUGAAUACCAAAAGUAUGGGUCUAUAGUAUUUCCAAACUUUGAGAAAGGGGUGGCCUGUUUAAGAGAAGUAGCAAAGCAGGUAAAGUAACCUUAUCUUCAAGUUGUUUUAUUGCACUUUUUAUUUAUUUAUAUAAAAAAGAGUAGUAUCAAAAUGCUUUCACUAGAUGGCAUGCUAAUGCUCUGCUCUGCUGUCUUUUUCUUGAGGCUGGGCAAUAUGCUUAAAGGGGAAAUCUCCCACUAAGCUUCUGGGAGAUUGCUAAAUUGAAUGUUAAGAUUUUAUAUUGCUCUGGUUUGCUUUCCUGGAUUUAGUAUCCCCCCCCCCCCCCCGCUGUAAUUAGGCAGCAGCUAUUGCUUCAAACUUGAAAACAUUUACAAAUUAGCAUAAAAGGGCUUGGGAAACUGUAUUGCUAGCAUACUGAGUUCAGGGUGAGAUCUGGGCCAGUUAAAGUAUUCAGUGUCCUUAUUUAACAAAUGACUCAUUGUAAAAAUGUUGCCCUUUACAUCCUUCUCCCUCUUCUUUAUUAUAUUCCCCAGUCAGUCCAAUAAAUAAUUCCCUUAUUCUGUACCUUUUCCAUAGGUCAGUCUUUGUUUGUUUCCCCCCACCCCCUUUGUUAGAAUACCUAGUUUCUUGGGUAUACACAAAAUGUGUGUGCAUCUGUCUGCACACAAUUAUCUUUUGCACUGCAUAUAAGUUCUGUUCCGUCUUUCUCAGUUAAUGGUUGUAUCCAGCUAAGUUCUACUCAGAGUGUAGUCGUUUCCAUUAAUUUCAGUGGGUAUCCUCUUAGUAUGACUAACAUUGUCAACAACCCAACAUAUAUAUAUAUAAAACCAUUUGCUUACAAUUUCUUCUAUUUUAUUAUUGACAUGGGGAACACACUCUUUUUAACAAUGACAGGGCAUUAUUAGUAGGUCCUAGAAGGUGCGCCAACUCUCCCCCCACUAAACUUGAAUAUUUCCCCCAUUGUUCCAAGUAGUUUCUAAAACCUUACAUAGCAUUGAUCCAUAGAGAGCUGGUUCUAUAUCUUAAAUGUAUGUAUUUGAGGCUGGACAGACUACAAACAGGGGUAUGCUAUCAAAGGCCAGAUGUUGACCUAAUGUAAUACAAUGCAAAUUUUGCAAACCACAUUAAUCUUAAUCAGUCUGGGCCUCUGUGUUAAGAUUACCGAAUGUGUUUUUUUACAGCAUGAUGUAACUCCUUUAUAGAGGUUCAGUAUUUGACUGUAUUUCAUCCCAUGCCAGAUUUUUCUUUAAAAAAUUACACAAUUGCUUUACUUUCUAUCGGUGUUCUUUAUUCACAUGCAACUUGUCUCUUUAUAGCGAUGUGCUCCUGCAUCCAUUCGCCUUAUGGACAAUAAUCAAUUUCAAUUUGGUAAGUUUUUACUAAUUUUGCUCAUGAUUUGCUUUUGUAAACCUGCGCCGAACCUUGUGGUCUGAUAGCGGGUAUUCUGUGACCUUGGCGAUAGGGGAUUGAAAAUUAAAAAUGUGCCCCCUCUUUCCCAUACUCCCUUGUCAUUCUCCAGUUUUUGCCUCUCCCAGCUUUGGUGCCAGUAACCAUGGUUCAUUGUAGUGACCAAUAUCUAGAGACCUGCUCAGGUAGUUCUGCAUGGCUAAGGCAGUUUUGGACUUGUGGUUCUUGAGCAUCCCCUGCUGCCGAGCAAACAGCUUUUGCAAAUAAGUUGGUUUGUCAGCUGUCAAGGAAAAAAGUCAAAGAGCUUGACCUCUUUGACUCUAGACUUGGUUAAUUCUAACCCAACAUUUGAAAUCAGAAUUUAAAGGGACGAGGGCAUGAUCUGCAGUUGGUUACUAAUUCCAAUGUUUUCAGUUCAUUCCUUUGUGCCAUUCAUCACUGACGUCAGAUGGAGUUGAUUAUGCAGUAUGGAUACUUUGAUUAUUUUCUACCUUUCUGCUGACUGCACUGGGCUCUCAGUGACUCACAUAAAAUCCAAAUGCAGUCAAAACCAUUCUUCAAAAUUAAGAUUGUAGUGUCUUAAUUGAUUGAUUCCCCCCCCUUUAAUUAAAAACCUCUUGAUCAACUGAUCAGGGGCACCUUAAUUAGACAACACAUUUUUAAGUGAUUUAAAACAUAUAUAGUCUCAUUUAUCUUAGAGGCAUUCCUACCUUCUCUCGCACAAGAAGAAAUGUUUCUCCACACACGCAUCAUCUGAAAACAGAGCAUACUUAGUUUUUCCAUUCUGUUUAUUAGUAUGCAUACUUUGUAGGUUUAAUCAAUUAAAAUUCACAUUAUUUUUCAGUUUCUUUGAUUGGAUGGUGUCCCUAAAGAGAGAAAGCUUAAAAGCAAGACAAAAAAUAUACCCUCAUAAAGUGCAGCAGCAGUCAUUGUACUAGCAGUCUCCCCCUAAAGCUUGUUGAAAUAAUAAAAAGAACCAUCUUCUGAUUCUUACAUCUCUUUCCUUCUACCACUACUUUGUUGGUUUAUUCUCUUUAAGAAAAUUAGAACAUUUUUGGGCAGACAGAGCUUGACUGAGGAAGUUGACUUAGGGCUGCAGUUAAUGAAGAAGAGCAUUUGAUUGUUCUAGAGUUGUGGGAGCAGCCUUAGUGAACAAGGGUUCUUUGUUGCAUUGGGGGCGUGAAAUACCAUCUCCCACCCCAUUCUGACUUGUCAGCAAAAGCUAGAUAAUGUAGGCAAAAAUAAUCUGAGACUAGGUAAACAUCUCCUAGCACUUCUACUAUAGAUAGCAUUGAGUCAAAGUCUAAGAUUGUUACAGAAGUAGUUGUGUAAAAUGUCUUACGUGAAUGUCUCCACUAGAUGAAAAGCUGAUCCACAAACAGAACUUCAGCGCUAGGUUUCUCCCAUCGGUGUGUGUGUGUGUUUGUAAUCUGUAAAAUAAACAGCCAAAUUAACUUUUGAAUGCAUGAAUAUACAAGUGGCUUCUAAACAAACAAAAAUAGGGAAUCUACCUGACUUUAUGGACGGGACUGGGGAGUAGCAAAUACAUCUGUUCUCUGUAGUGCAGAGGUAGUCAUUCUGUAGGAAAGAGAAUCACAGACUCCUAUUUUGAUGUACUUUUGUAAGCAGGCAAAGAAUUAGACUUGACAGAUUUCACCGAGUUUUCAGAUUUCUUGCAUUUAUGCCUAAACGUGCAGGGUUCCCAUAAGUCCCUUGCAACAGUGUUAGUGGUAAGUUUAUUUUGCUAAGAAAUGGAGCACUUACUAAUAAAAAAACUUUAAGCUCCAGCUUUUCAGUCACAUUUCCAAAUAAAAUUCUGAACUCCAUUAAUAUAGUUGUCUUACAUUUUUUUUCCUUUUUCCUAACUCUUGCCAAGGACAUGCUCUUAAACCACAGGUUUCUUCAAUUUUUACAUCGCUUCUGGACGGGUUGAAAAAAUUCUACAUCACAAAGGUAUUUAAUUUUUAUCCUCGGCCUCUAAUUAAUUCAGAUUCUAAAAGCUUUGGACCCACGUGCCUGCAAAAGCACACUGUAUAAAAUUGCAUGUUAGGUCUUCUCUUCUUCCCCCACACCAAAUCUUAACCUGGAUUUUAAAAAAAGAAGUGUACUUAAUGUUUACACUAGUGCAGAGUCUAAGAGUGCAAAUGGCAGAACAGCAUCUGCCAGCUGUUUUAGUUGAGAGUAGUAGUACAACGGGACACGGGUGGCGCUGUGGGUUAAACCACAGAGCCUAGGACUUGCCGAUCAGAAGGUCGGCGGUUCAAAUCCCCGCGACGGGGUGAGCUCCCGUUGCUCAGUCCCUGCUCCUGCCAACCUAGCAGUUUGAAAGCACAUCAAAGUGCAAGUAGAUAAAUAGGUGCCACUCCAGCGGGAAGGUAAACGGUGUUUCCGUGCGCUGCUCUGGUUCGCCAGAAGUGGCUUAGUCAUGCUGGCCACAUGACCCAGAAGCUGUACGCCGGCUCCCUCGGCCAAUAAAGCGAGAUGAAUGCUGCAACCCAAGAGUCGUCACGACCGGACCUAAUAGUCAGGGGUCCCUUUCCCUUUACCUAGUAGCACAACACAGGUGGGGAAGAGAGGUGGGAACUUCUGGUGUCAGAGUUCCUGCAUUUAUCUGAAUGAGAAAUAUUUUUGCGUGUGCAAGACAUCUCUUCAUUGACUUGUUGGCCUCUACCAUUAGGGGUGGGGGAGAAAAAAAAGCGAAACCUUACACACCAAUAGGCUGUUCCUGCUAAUCUUGAUGCCAACAUAUUAAUUCUGUAUCCUCCAUAAUUUUAGCAGCAGAAGUUUGUUGAACUUGGAAAGUUUCAAAAUGAAAUUUCGUGUUCAGAGAAUAAAGAUUCACUUAUUAUCAGAAACACCAACAUGGCAGUAGUUGUAAAUGGUUACAGAAUAGAAAAUAAUGGAUGCUUUACAACACUUUGGUUGCUCUCCCCCCCCCCCUUGCAUUUGUAAAAGUGAAUUUUCAGAUUGGUUCUCUUGACGGCAUCCUCUUGAGCGUUUCUCUUAAGUAUUGCCCUUUCAAAUUUGUGCCAUGUUACCUUGAAAUAUGCCUCCUGUUUAUGCUAAAAUGCUUGUGAAUCUGCUUUAGAAGUAUUGUGUUCAAAAUAAGUUAGGAACAUGAAUAUAUUGUAAAUGACUUAAAAUGGUGGAUCAACAUGAAUAAUGGUAUCUUCUUGUACUACCUUCAUAUAAUGGAGAUGCCUGUCUUUCCACAGUUCAAAGGAUUUGAUCCCAAUAUGCUAUGUGUCACCACCUUACUUUUUGAGGGAGACAGAGAGAAGGUUCUUCAGCAUGAAAAGCAAGUUUACGAUAUUGCUGCAAAAUUUGGGUAUGAAACCUUCAUAUCUUAAUAGUUAAGCAAUGUGUUGAAAAGUCCAAAAUCUUUGUAGAGCUGAAAACCAGAGGCCUUUUAUGAAAAUUUAUGGAAAUCAUGAGGUAUCAUGCAUUUUUUCAAUAAUACAAAACCAUUUUGGAAAGUGAGAAUGAAAUUGUAGACAUUAACUAAGAGGUUAGUGCAUAAAAAUGUACCUGAAAACACAAGAGUCAUUUGAAUUUGCUUGAGCGGAAAUGUUUGUAGGGACUUAACUGUGAUACGAAAUUGAAUACAUUUUGCCAUAGUCCAGUUGAGGUCAGGGCUAUUUCCUUUUCUCUGUAGCACACGAAAGGGACUUUUGUGACACUAAACAAACAAAUCUUAACACACUGAAGGAGAGCAUUGUUUUGAGCAUUAUACCUUAAUCCUGUGCAUUAUUGACUAAAGCUGUGACUCAGGCCAGCCUGUUUUAAAAAGGAAAUUGUAUUUAAUCAACAGAACUUGAUUAAUUAUAUGUAUUCCACCUCCUGUCACUGAUUGCUCUGUGCUGUUACAAAGGAACAGAAAACAUUUCACUUUAAUAACAAGCUGAGUAAUGAUAGGGUGGUUUGUGUCCAUCUGGUUUGAUUGAUUACAGGACUAAUCAAUGAAACCACGGUGAAGAUAUUUGUCUGGGCCACAACUUUAUUUCCCAUUUAAGCAAAUUAUUACUUAGAUCACUGUGUUUAAUGGGGAAAAACAGACACUCUGCAAAUGUUCUGCGUUACAGGUUCACUAACCUAAUAUCUGAAUGACAUGUUACAACUCUCAACUUCCCAUUCUCAGCAAAAUGUCCUUUCAAGAAGCAGUGAACUGAGAUUUAAGGGGCAGGCUGAUAGGGGACAGAAGUAAAACACCUUCUGAAAUAUAGAUACUUUGUGAACAUUAAGCAAUUACAGGAUAGCCUGGCAGCUUAAAAAGUAGGAGCUGUCUGGCAUUCUUGGUCAAACAUCUGGGGUGGCCCAGCCAGAUGGGCGGGGUACAAAUAAUAAAUUAUUAUUAUUAUUAUUAUUAUUAUUAUUAUUAUUAUUAUUAUUUGCUAACCUUGAAGCUAGAAGACGAGGAGAACUGGAACAGACAGCCACUGUUAGCUGUUUUGGCUACUAACCCCAAAACUCAGCUUGUUCACCUAGAGGGUGUUUUCCUUGUACUUGCUGCCCCUUUGCUCUUCUGCCAGAAGAACAAGGGGAUAAAGUGUUGUCAGCUUAUCCAAGAAUACCCCACCAUGUUGCCCCAGCUGUCAGCUGCUGCCCAUGGCUAGCUAGAAUACUGCCAGGCUGCACAUGCCUGCUUGGGUUUCAGAGUUUUCUCUGCCUCAAAUGUGCCAGUGAAACUGAAAGCACAAAUGUCAGCUUACAGGUGAAGUGCCUAUAUAGCCAGCAGCACAGCCAGGCUAAGCUGCCAUUUCGGUUUUCACUGGGGGGCCCCUCACUUGAGGGAAACAGGCAUGUAACAGACACCAUGCUUACCUGCUGUUUGCAUAGAAGUGUUCUCCUUGGCCCCUGAAGUCUCUUGAGUUGAAGCUGCAUGCUGUUUUUCAUUCAUUUCAUUUGGUAUUUGAGAAAAGCUCUUAAAAGAAAAUGCUGCUGAAAAUAGCGGACAUUUCUCUCACAAUUUCUAUCGCACGCUGCUAUAUCUGAGCAGGCUGAAAGCAAAGAGUAAGGUUACCGUAACUUCCGUCAUAGAGCUUCAGUAUGCUGAUGACAACAUAGUGUGUGCAAGCUCAGAGGAUGACUGCCAAACCAUCCUAAAUAUAUUUGCAGAAGCUUACGAAAAUCUUGGCCUAUCACUCAGCAUCCAAAAAACCAAAGUGCUGCACCAACAAGUACAAAAUAACCCCUCUGCAGCGCCACAAAUUCAACUCAAUAGUGUAACGCUGGAAAAUGUUGAUCACUUCUCCUACCUGGGCAGUUAUUGUUCCACAAGGGCCAACAUUGAUGCUGAAAUCCAGCAUCGCCUGAGCUCUGCGAGUGCGGCUUUCUUCUGACUGAAGUGCAGAGUGUUUGAGGACCGGGACAUUCGCAGGGAAACCAAAAUGCUUGUUUACAAAGCAUUUUGUACUACCAACCUAACUGUAUGCUUGUGAAACAUGGACCACUUAUAACCGCCAUCUCCAACUCCUCAAAAGAUUCCAUCAACGGUGUCUCCGAAAAUUUGUACACAUCACUUGGGAAGACAGGCGAAAUAAUACCAGUGUACUGGAAUAAGCAAAUAUCAUCAGUGUUGAAGCAAUGAUUCUUCAACAUCAACUUCAUUGGACUGGUCAUGUUGUGCAGAUACCUGAUGAUCGUCUUCCAAAGCAACUGCUCUAUUCCGAACUUAAAAAUGGAAAGCGUAAUGCUGGUGGUCAACAAAAGAGGUUUAAAGGCUGUCUCAAGGCAAAUCUUAAAAAAUGUAGUAUAAACACCAACAAUUGGGAAAUACUUGCCUGCAAGCACUCCAAUUGGAGAACAGCCUUUACCAAAGGUGUCAUGGGCUUUGAAGACACUUGAACUCAGGACGCAAGGGAGAAAUGUGCUAAAAGGAAGGCAUGCUUGGCAAAUCCACACCGCAAUCAACUUCCUCCUGGAAACCAAUGUCCCCACUGUGGAAGGACAUGUGGAUCCAGAAUUGGCCUCCACAGUCACUUACGGCUUCAUUGUUAAAACAGUGUGUAUGGAAAGACAAUCUUACUUGGCUAUGAGUGAUCGCCAAAGAAAGAAAGAAGAAGGUAGUCUUAUUUCAUACUGCCAGGUAGCAAAAAUCCCUCCCUCUUGUCUCUUUCGGAUCUCCAGGAGGCCUGAGCUCUAUAUUUAAAACUAAAUGAAGAUUAUGAAGGGAAGCUGGACUAAAUCUAAAUUAGAUGUGCCUGUUCUUUAAACCUACCAAACUAGCAAGAAUCAGAAGGGUAUAGGUGAUUGUUGCUACUUGAAAUUUAAAAUAAUAAAAGUAAAAUGAGAUAUGAUUGCCUGUCACUUUGCUAUUUUGUUCCUACAUGCCUUAUAUUUUAUUUUUUCUUCAAAGAAAAUGAGUUUAGGCAGUCCUGCCACUCUGUUAUUUUUUUUGGGUCAGCUUCUCAAAUACACACACACUUAAACUUAAUAUGUAUUUAUUUAGAGCAUUUGUACCCCAGUCUUCAGCCAAAAUGGCUCCCAGAGCAGCUUCCAUAAAAAUCAAUUGAAAUGGGGCAUUUUAAACGGAACUUAAUUUACCUGCCUAAAUUCUUGAUUGGAAACAACCUUGCUGUAAACCAUUUCAUGCUUUAGGAAUAACUGAUGUAUUAUGAUAUUUUACUGUCCUUAAAUUAUAGUGGUUUGGCAGCUGGAGAAGACAAUGGACAGAGAGGAUACAUGCUAACGUUUGUCAUUGCUUACCUUCGGGUAGGUCUCUUAUUUUAUUUAUUUUUUAAAAAACUCAGUUUCCCAUUAUGUACUGUGCUGUUGUGUAUAUGAGACAAGGAGGGGGGAAGGUGUUGCAUAUUUUAAUGGUUCAGAGUUUUUUCAUAUACAAAACAACAACAUUCAUGUUGGGCUGCUCUGCUUUCUUGUUACACUUCCUAAAAAUUUGUGCAGUUGCAGAAUUUUGCCUACAGGAUGCACACCGACCCCAUGACAAAUGAAUCGGUCAGCUUUAGUUUGGGAAGGAUUAGAUGGGGAGGAAGUUUGAAUCCAGGUCUAUCCACAUUCUCUUCCCCCACCCCACCCCAAAACAGCUUGAAGAAAGAUCUCUCAGCUACCUAGCCCUGAUCAUCUCAUUAGGUAGAUAUAUGAAGGUCAGUAGGCACUGUUCAGGAACAGGCCAGCAAUGAGGUGAGGCCAUUUGCUUUUGGCAGCAGAUCUGACCCCACCAUUGCGCUGUUAUCAAGGAGAGGUGAGGGGAAGACAGGGUCCUAGAGUCGUUCCUCCCAAAGCCCAAUUAGUGCUUUUCCAGUUUGGGGAAGGAGGUAGGGGGGCUCUAGGAUCCUGGCAGAGCCUUACGCCUCCUUCUCAAAGCCCAGUGCAUCACUUAGUCUGCUUUAGGGACUGUGGCAAAUCUCUGUGGCAAAGCUCUUCCUGAUUAAAAAAAACCAUGACUUGACCUGAUAACAUGUCAGCUGUGUUCCUGAUGCCUAAAGGCUGAAAAGACUAUAGCAAUUUGAAGUACCGUAUUUUACGCCCUAUAGGACGCACUUUUUCCCCUCCAAAAAUGAAGGGGAAAUGUGUGUGCGUCCUAUGGGGCGAAUGCAGGCUUUCGCUGAAGCCUGGAGAGCGCGAGGGGGCGGUGCGCACCGACCCCUCUCGCUCUCCAGGCUUCAGGAAGCUAUCCCCCCAGCCCCGCAAGCUCCCAGAGCGAUGCCGAAGCUGCGCGCAGCUUUGGCAUCGCUCUGGCACCCGUUCUGGGGGCAGGGGUCGGGGGAAGCUCGGGCAUCCCCCGCCCCAGCCCUGCGCCUGGGGGGGGGGGAAUAAUUUUUUUCCCUUUAUUCCCCCCCCCCCCCAAAAAAUAAUCUAGGUGCGUCCUAUGGGCCGGUGCGUCCUAUAGGGCGAAAAAUACGGUAGUUGGUAGAAUAAACAAAUUUACGCAGUAGGUCCUGGGAGUAUGCUAGGUCUCUUUGACAUAUUAAUAGACUUGAAUGUUUUGGGUUCUGUGAUUAUACAAAAUAGCAGCUUCGAGGCCUAUAGAGACAUAACUUGAGGAGUUCUAAUCUGCAAAUGAUCUCCUCUCUAGGACCUGGGCAUGGAUCAUUAUAUAAUAGGAGAAUCGUUUGAAACGUCUGUUCCCUGGGACAGGUAAAACCAGUGCAUUUUCUGUUUUUGCAUUGUCUGAAGUCGUAAAAGCUGUGCACCAUAUGAAAAGGGUCACUAAAGUUUUCCAAAAUUAGUAAGGUGAGAUUAUACAUUUUUCUGGCCAUGUGUGACCUACUUUAGAAGUAGAAUUUCUAAUGAGGGUUCUUGUUGAAUUAAACAAGCCACUGAUUUUUAUCCAAGAAUAUAUUGAGAAAACAGCUAAUUUCUCUCAGCUGAUAAGCAAGUGAAUGGCUUCCUGUAUACAUAACUGUUUUCCGAAGACCAUCCAAAUCUAGUCCUACAAUUCUAGGAGGCCGUUGGGUUCAGAUAGUAUAUAGAGCUUCAUGUUCCACAUGCAUAAUUGUUCUUAACUGUUAUCAUUUUCCAAAUACAACUUUCAUGUCCUACAACAUGCAUAAACACAAUUUUCUGGAUUGGGCCUUCCAUUUGUGAGAAGCUUCUCUGUAUCUGUACCGUACAUUACAUAACUUUGACUUCCUUCAGGAUCAUGGCAGUUUUGAAACAACAAAUGUAGAUUUAGUUCAUGUGAAAUACUUGCAUCCCAUCAAACAGUUUGCAAGCCAUGCCCAUCAACAUCUUAAAGGUAAAGGGACCCCUGACCAUUAGGUCCAGUCGUGGCCGACUCUGGGGUUGCGGCGCUCAUCUCGCUUUAUUGGCCGAGGGAGCCGGUGUACAGCUUCCGGGUCAUGUGGCCAGCAUGACUAAGCUGCUUCUGGCGAACCAGAGCAGAGCAUGGAAAUGCCGUUUACCUUCCCGCCGGAGCGGUACCUGUUUAUCUACUUGCACUUUGAUGUGCUUUCGAACUGCUAGGUUGGCAGGAGCAGGGACCGAGCAACGGGAGCUCACCCCAUCACUGGGAUUCGAACCGCCAACCUUCUGAUCGGCAAGUCCUUGGCUCUGUGGUUUAACCCACAGUGCCACCUGUGUCCCUAUAUCGACAUCUUAUAUAGGAGCAUUUACAAAGUAAGUGUGGGCCAUGUUAUCUGUUGCAGGAUUAGCGUUAGGAGGAGCUUGGCAGAAAUAUACGGUAUCUGCUUUGUCAGAUUAUGCAGUAGAUACACCUAACUAGAAGAGGAUUCCUAAGUGGUGAGCUGUUGGGCAAAAUAUUGCAAUAGAUGCCACAGCUGUAACAAAGAAGGAAAUGUUUUCAAGAAAUAAGGAAAUACAGUGCGCGCGUGCGCGCACACACACACACACAUCAGCACUGUGUUCAAAACUCUUCCUCCACCAGGAGCAGACCAUUAGUGCUGGAGAACUAUGUGACUUUUUGCAUUUCUUUUCCUCUGUAAACUCAGCCAUUUUCUUUUUGCAUUGCAAACGUUAGUAUGUCCAAACAUUGCAUUUAGAAUCCUACUAAACUUUAUUCUUUUCUGGCAACCUGUGUUUUAAAGCAAACAAGCUGAAUUUAACCUUGGCUCCUUAACACUUAUAAACUUACAGUGCUGACAGAUAAAACUGCACAACAGACUUAAACUUAGAAUCAUUUCUUUUAACGAAACAAAAUGUGCUUCAAUUUAACAUAAUUUGUUUAAAAAACAAAACACUACUGAAAUGCAAUAUAAAUCUCACAUAACUCUCUAAUAAAUAUGUACACAAAAUAAGUGUACUUCUCUGUUAUAUUUUGCUUCAGGGUUCUAGACCUUUGCCGAAAUGUGAAGGAAAGAAUAGUAAGAGAAGGCAAAGAAAGAGGCGUUCAGUUCCCACCUUUCGUUUCCUGUCGGUAAGACACAUUAAAUUUCAGCUGCCUAUGAAAUUGAAUGAAAUCAGUCUAAAUUAAGGGCAAUAGCAGUCUUGAUAUUCUUUUGAUUUGAGGUGGUUGGGGGAAAAGGGCCAGAUCUUGGUUUUGGGACACCACGACCAUACUGUCUGAUAGAUCCACCCUCUCCCGCUACCCAAUGCCAGGAUUGGUGGCUUAUCAUUUUUUUCCUGUACAUAUGCAAAUACCAAAGUGUAACAGCAUGUACAUUAUGGCAUUGGUGAAGCAGAAGUGUACCUAGGUAAAAAAUAUAUAUCAGAAUUGUAUUUCUCAUUGCAUUGCUAUUUCCCCCCUUUUAGCCCUAUUGGUGAGUGCUGAUAGCUAUUUUUACCUAGUAAAACUAUCUCAUAUUCCCAUUGUCCAUAGCAUAGCUGUCAAUGUUUCCCUUUUUUAAAGGGAAAUUCCCUUAUUCCGAAUAGGAUUCCUCGCAAGAAAAGGGAAAAGUUGACAGCUAUGGUCCAUAGUGGUCUUCAUCAGGAGUGUACAAUUAAACUUCAAGCAUAGUCCUUCCCCUUCUUGCACCUUGAGUAUUUUAAUGUGUUGAAACAAAAUUGUGGGUUCUGUUUUUUAAGAGGCAGCUUUUGUGCCUUUCUGGUCACUGCACCUCAAAAAGUAUAUUGUAGAGUUGAAAAAGGUUCAGACAAGGGCAAAACGGUCCUGGGGAUUGGAGUUCAUAACAUGAUACGUGGCACAGAGAAAGCAGAUCUAGAAAGGUUUUUCUCCCUCAUUACACUAGAACUCUUGGGCAUGUGGUGAAGCUGAAUGUUGGAAGAUAAAAGCAAGUGCAUAGUUAAAUCAUGGAGCUUGCGCCUACCGGGGAUGGGCACCCAACUAGAUAUCUUGGAAAGAGCAUUCAGCAAAGCUUAUCAGCAACUGCUAGCCACAAGGGCUGUGUUGUGCCUCCAUAGUAGGAGGUGAUGGGCCUCUGAAUACCAGUUGCCAGGAAUCGCAGAUGGACGGGUGCCCUUGUGCUGAUGUUCACCUUGCAGGCUACCCCCCCCCCGGCCAUCUUGUAAAAUACGGUGAUAACAGGAUGCUGAACUCAAUGGGCCUAAUCCAGCAGGGUCGGCUUAUGUUAUUAUGUAUAGAACAGUGUAGUACUUGAUCUAACAAAUACCAUUUUUAUAUAUUAAAAAAACAACUCACAGGGUGACGCAGACCUACGAUGCUGGCGCCUGUGUCUAUUUCUAUUUGGGCUUUAACUACAGAGGAUUAAGCGACCCUGUUCACGUUUAUGAAGAAAUAGAGGUAAUUGUAACUCUUUGUCGCUUUCAUGUUAUGUAAUACUUGGCUGUAGUAACUCAUUCACUAUAACAAGUAAAACUGCAAGUUAGAGGCAGACACCUUGUGGUCAGAGGUUCCGCUCAUGAGAUCCUCCCACCAGGAAAAAGUGGGGAACUUUUCUGCCGAUUGCUCCCCCCCCCCCAACCCCAAGAAGCUGCUCCAGAGGGCUGGGGAAACCUACAGAACAAGGUCAGCAAGGAGAAGUGUGUGGAAUUGUUGUCCCCCACCCCACCCCUUUCCUCAAUUCCACGAACAGAAGGAGCCCUUUUUGUAGAUGGCUCCAACCCUGUAUAUGUCAAUAUUCCAAGCUGAGAUGCUUCCUUAUCUUUGCCAGCCUUUGAGAGGAGUUGUACCUCCUUCAUUUAUGUAGACUUCCAGUAACGUGCGGUGGAAACCUAUCCCCCAAUAGGAGGGUGGGAUACAACUAUUUUGCAAUACGCAAGCUGAUUCUAAACUUGGCAGAAUGUGUAAAUAAUCUCAACUGCAUUGUGUUGUUUGUUUGCUAGUAUUUAAAACGAAUGAAAGGUGUGUAGAUUGUCCAGAUUGCUACAUCAACAUUGAGCUUAGUGACUAAUUAAGUUAUUUGCAUUCUUUAGAUGUCAGCUAGAGAUGAAAUCCUUGCUAAUGGAGGAAGCCUGUCACAUCAUCAUGGAGGUAAUGUUUCCAGUUGCUUACAUAAGCAGUGUUUGAUACCUGUUUUUGUUAAACCUAGCAUUGUGGUUAACCUAGCAUUGUGCGGUUAAACAUAGCAUUGUGGUGCUACUCGUGUUGUGCAGGAGAGCUUUGGGAGACUUAUUAUGAACACGACUUUCAAGGUUUUGACGUGGUUAACUUCUGUGAUGAUCCUGAGUUUGGUUCAGUCCAUGUUUUAAAGCGAACUGAUCUGAUUUGCAUUUCAUGCCCUAAUACCCAGAGCCAUAACACAUAGCUAUCCUUCAGAUUGCACACUUCUCCAAAUGUUGCGACACAGUUAAGUAGUAGAAAACGGGAUGGAGCAGACAUAUGACUGAACAAAUCUGUGAAACUAAGUGAUUAGAAAUAGACCGAUACUUCCAACUCUAGGUAACGCCUAUUUUAAGUGGUUGUCAGAAGAAAUAUUCUCCUGCACGCCAGCCAAGGGGCUGCCGAUGAAAACCUUUUUGCAUCAGGAAGGUGGCUCAGGAGCACGUUAAGGCAGUGCUUCUGGAUCUGCAUGGACUCCCUAAUGGUUUCUGAGCACAAGUUGAUAUGGUAGCAUCGGUAGCUAGUUGGCACUAAUCUCCCUCCUUUCCUAUAUGCCAUCAUUAUAACUGCAAUAUGCUAAAACCAGUGGUCUGACAGUUCUCUAUCAACCCUGUGCUGUCCAUGUGACUGGCGAGGGUGUAGUGGGAAGGAAGUGUCUUGGAAGGAAGGUAGUAGUAUACCCUGAGCUGCCUAAGCCGUCACUGACUGUUCCAAGGCUGCAGUAUUCAUUUUGGGGUUAGGCCAUGUGGGUGUCUUGCCCCUGCUGUCUCAUUGGUUCCUCUGGCCCUUCAAGGCUACAGCCUGACCACUACAGCAGAGAGCACCACACACCAGAAACAUGAGACCCAACGGGCUGAGCCUUGAGAAUUUCUGUACACGUGUUUGAGAACAGUAUAGCUCAGUCAGUAGAGCGUGAGACUCUUAAUCUCAGGGUCAUGGGUUCAAGCCCCAUGUUGGGUGAAAGAUUCCUGCAUUGCAAGGGGGUUGGACUAGAUGAUCUAUGUGGUCCCUUCCAACUCUACAAUCCUAUGAUUCUAAGAAUCAGGAUAAAUAUAUAAGUAUAUACAAAAUGUCUUACGGUUGCCUGUCCUGAUAGAAAUAUGGCAUGCAAUACCGUUGCAAAAACUGAACGUGGGAGAAUUUACUAGAAUGGUGUACAGUGGUACCUCGAUUUUCGGACAUCUCUGUUGCCGAACAUUUUGGUUUUCGAACGCCGAAAACCCGGAAGUAAAUGCUUCCGCUGCAUAUCUGUUGUUUUUCACACUUUUCUCUGUUGACUUGGCAGACCGCCCUUUGUGCCUCGGUUUUCAAAUGUUUCGGAAGUCAAACUGUCUUCCAGAAGGGAUUACAUUCGAAAACCGAGGUACCACUGUACAAGGAAUUAUGAAGUCAGUGGCUACAAUCCCGGCACCUUGGGUGCUUUCCCCCUCCAUCUUGUAAAUCGCCUUGAGAUGGUUGUUUAGAAGGCAAUUAAUAAAUCAAUGGUGGCAAUCGUCUUCUAUGGCGUAGAUCACAUGACGAAGCAAGCUUGAAACUCCCAUUCCCCUGCUUUGCCAAUGGCUUUUCUGUGGUGAUCUGAUCUAAUAUUGUGUGUUAAAUUCCUCCUGUGUAUCUUAAUGUUCCUGGAGUUUACUGUUCAGGAUUAAACUGGUUGUAUCCUUUAAAAAAAAAAAAAAUAUUAUUUACUGACCUUCAGGCCUUCCCAUGACAUUCCCAGCAUUGGUUUUUAGUUCCUCUGUGAGGAAGAAUAUUGAUGCAAUUCCUCUUCAGUGUUUGCCCUAUAAUUGUGAUUAAUAACAGUUGCUUUCACUAUCUGGAAACAGACAGCCUGGUUAGUCUGCCUACAAUCAUGUUGUGAUAAAUGGAGCUAUUUUAACUCCGGUUUUGUGUAUCAAACAAAACAGAUGUAGUCUGAGACUUGGGGCUAUAAGGAAUAUAAAGCCUGUUUAAUUCAAUCUUCAUGGUGUUUGUUGUUUUAAGGAAGGGACCGAAUAGUUUAUACAGCAGAGUUUAUUCUAGAAACUUAAAUAGUUACCAUUUCCGCAUGCAGCAACUGUUCACUCUAAGGGACAUGUUCCUGAGGAGCAGCCACCUGCUGUGGAAACAAAACUUAAGAGAAGUCGCUUCAAAAAAAAACUUCACAAAUAAACCAAUGAAGAACAGUAAAAAGGUUAAGUAUAUAGGUAGCUCGUUUAACCUAAAACUCAUUGAAUGCCAGCCUUCAACAAGAGCUAAUGAUAGAGAGAACAUGGCAUAAUGGAUAUGCAGUGUCAACUAAGGGCUUGAAUCAAAAUGUUCAGCGAAAUUCUCCUUACCUUUUUCCAUCCAAUGGUCCAGGCGCUGAUAUGUUCUCCUCUCCAUCCAGUGGGAGAAUAUUUUCAUCGAUUGGGGCAACUAGGGUGUACUUUCCACCCUCCCAUGUAGAGCCAGUCUGGACUUUUUCUUCUUCCCUUCCAUGCCCUCAUCACUAUUCUCCAAAAUGCCAGAAAAAUAGGGGAGUGUGGAUUGCGGACCUUUCUAUGUCUAAGGCUUGCAUUAGCAAGUCUUAUUUCAAACCACAGGCUACUCAGUGUUGCCAGUCGCUGAUACCAGUCUACAGAUAUGUGCUGGGGAUUCACCUAAGCAGUCCCAUCAGUGGAAUCCCUGAGCAAGGACUUCUGCUUCUGCAAUAGUCCUCUCCUCCCUGCCCCUUCCCAAAAUUGGCUUGGGGAAGGGAUUGGGACAAUGCCUAGAACAGUGUGUGUGCGUUGUAACAUCUGGCAAGCUGGAAGAGUUUGGUGUUGAAUUGCACCGCUCAGAUUAUGCUAAGCAUAGCAGAAUGUGAUAGCACAAUUUCCAAUUGAUGAUCUGGAGUAUUACGAGUAUAAGUGCCCAGAAGGAAAACACCAUGUGUGGUGAAAAGACUCUCAAAAAUCUACCAAAAGUUCAAGGUUCUUAAAUACUGUUAGUGAUUAACAGUGGUGUCCAAACUUUUUUCAAAGAGGGCCAGAUUUGAUGAAGUGAUGGGCCAUGAGGGCCGGCCAAAGUUGUUGACCUUUUUUAAGGAUUGAAGUUGUUGAGGUGGGUUUUUUUAGGAUUUUACCCCAGGAAAUAAACUGCCACAGGGGCUGGAUUAAACAGACUGGCAGGCCGAAUUUGGUCCCCAAAGAGGACUUUGGACAUGCCUGGAUUAAAAUGUCUUAGGCUUCAUCAUUUUGUGCCUGUUUCCACUGAACAGAUUGCUCAGCUGAUUUGUGCACACGAGGUUGUGGUUAAAAGCCAUUGCCCCCCAUUUAGGUGAUAUUUAUGGGUUAAUUGGACAAAUGGUGGUUGUGCAUUUUCAACCUGCAAUUGUAGUUUAGAGUCUCAAGUCACCUAACUAUGACAUCAGAGCAGACCAGCUAAUGAUAUUAAGAGGCAGGGAAGGCAGGUGAAAGCAAGUAUUGCAAUGGAUAACUAGUCAGGACUGCAAAUGAGCCUAAAUGCAGCCUGUCAGUCAUGAUAGGCUCUACACUAAUUAUUGCAAAAAAAUACUCAAUUACUAUGCUACAGGUUGACUUUCAGGCAAAAAGCCUACAAGACAGAAGCAGAUCUAGAUUAAAGGCACAGAGCAUGAAUCCUUCAUGCUGGUUGACACUUGCGUAUGUCAAGCACCCAGCGACUGCUGCAUGAACAGAUACUUUGGAUCUGUGAAAUAGCCAUCACAUAUCAGCUAUCCCAGAAUGGUCCAAGGGAGUUUGCUAGUAGAACGUAUUCACUGAGAAGUCAUGGAUUUAUGCAGCCAGGUGGACAGGAAGUUUGUAUAUCUCUAGCUCAGUGGUAGAGCACUUGCUGUGCAUGCAAGAAUCCUUGGCAUGUUCAGGUAGGAAUGAGAAAGUCUCCGUGCAGGCCAGAAACACCGGCGAGCCAUCUGAUUCAAAUAUUCUUUCUUUGUUCCUCAAGGAAGACAAAAUGGUGUUGCUCCUUUUUUAAACGAAACCUUGGUUAGCCAUAGUUGCGGUAAGCGCUAAGGACAUGCAGCUUUUGUAACUUUAUGGAACAAAGGGGUUAAAUUUUUUUUAUCAUCAAAUGCGUUCAUAAAGGACCACCAGUGUCCGCUGUACGGCUUCUCCUCCCCCCUCCCCCCCCGGCUUUCCGGUUCGCUAAUCAAAUGUAUGUUAGAUUUAUUAUUGCAAAAGUAUAAAGCAUAGAAAAUGUGACAAGAUAGAUGUGUAAAUUAUCACUCUGACAGAACUAAUGAUGCACUCCGAGCACCUUCUGUUUUCAAGCACUUGGUGAGCGACUUCAUUAAAUAUGCAAUGGCUGUUUGGUGCAGCGGCUGAGAGAUCAGUUCAGUCCCUCGUGGAAUUGCAUUAUUACUGGAGGUGGGGGAAAGACAGGCAUUCUAGCUGUCGGACAUCCUGCUGUGGCUUUAAUGUGCUCCAUCUUGUUGGACCAGUUGUUUUCGGUCUUCUUGAGACAAUUACAUCCAUAACCACAGGAUACGUUCGCCGAAACAAUAUUACGGAUAAUAGCGGAUAAUAGCAUAGACUAUUCAUUGUCUCUUUAGCUCUAACUGGAAUGUGGGUGGUUGGACAUGAGAGAUCUCUGCCGUCCUUGGAAUGUCAGCCUUGCCAAAUCAAGAAUAGGAAUAUGGUCACAGGAAAAGGCCCAUCUUUUUCUCACGAAACGUGCAUUUUCCAUACUCUCUCCAAACCACGCUGCUUAUACGUUUGAGGUUGCCAUAUCAAUUUGAUGCCAAUAAUUGGCUUGUGCUUUUGCCAAAUACUUAGAAAACAGAUCAGGCUUUUUUUUUCUCCUAGCCUACGCUGUUCAGUCAGCUCUGCAACACGGUUUGUAUUCCUCAGAGAGAAGAAACAAAAAUGCUCUGCUCUCCUUUGGUAAUCCCCAUCAUUAAUUAUUUGAACGACACUUUAGGUAGAAUGGGCCAUGCAAGAUGGGUUGAAUUUAGUUGCAAAUACGUGGAAGAGGCAGGGGCUGUGGCAUAUUGCCUUAUACAAAUGGAUCAUGCCCUUUGUUUGUUUGUUACAUUUAUAUCGCAGCCUUCCUCCCAAAGGAGCCCUGGUUGAAGCUAGCAAAUACAAACGGGUGUCUGCCUUGACUUAUUCAGUCAAUAAUUAAAAUACUUAAGUAAUUAACAGCCAUUAAAAGACACAACUGAUGGUUAAUAAUAAUAAAAAUCUGUACUUUUAUGUUCGAAUGUUGUAGAUCCACAACUGUAUUUGAAUUGUUUUUAUUGUUUCAUCACUUGCUAUUGAUCGCCCUUGGGCUCUUUGGGGAGAAAGGGUGGGGUAUAAUUUUAAUUAAUAAAAUAAAUAGAUUAUCAUUGAAGUCAGAAAACUGAGUUAUGAUAUCCUAGGCAAUAUGAGUACUAAGUCGCACAAAAGUCCUGGCAACUGUCAUGGCGAUCUUCGUUGUACACAUAGUUAACAGCACAAUCGUAUAUACCGUAUUUUUCGCUCUAUAACACGCACCCGACCAUAACACGCACGUAGUUUUUAGAGGAGGAAAAUCCGUAGGCAUGCCACCCGUAGGCAUUUCCUCCAUAACACGCACAGGCAUUUCCCCUUACUUUCUAGGAGGAAAAAAGUGAGUGUUAUGGUGCAAAAAAUAUGGUAUGUUUACUCAGGCGUAAGUUCCAUUGAGCUCAGUGGAGACAUCCUUCCAGGUAAAUGGCUAUAGGAUUGCAGCCUUAAGUUCAACCACCCACUUUUGUGAGAAACGUGCUUCCUGGCAUGUUAGCCAGAUUUUUUUGAUUAUUAUUUUUUAGUAACUUCCUGCGGCUGCAUCCACUUUGUGCAUGUUUAAGUGCUCAACAUUUAAAAAGCCUCUUUGUAUGAAAGCCUACAUAUUUUUGUAUACAUAAAAAAAGAGUAAGCCUUAGGAUUGGUGUUUCCUUUGCCGUAUCUCAAGAUAUCCUGCUCACAGCGUUCAAAAUAUAUGCAGCUCUAAUUUAAUUUUUAAUGUGACGCACCAUCUUGGCCUAAACUUUAUCUAAAUUUCAUACUUUGUAAAGAGAGUAGGCAGCGUGGAACACAGGCUUCCUCUGGGAGUACAUCGAGCUUAAUGAGCUUGAUAGUCUGGUGGGCUCAAUAAAUCAAAUAAAGCAAAACAUUUCUCAUUUUUGAAUAAAAGCAUUUAUCACCCAGUGUUUGUUCAUUCAUGGUCACAAGAUUGAUUGGCUCCUGCUAUUAUGGUGAAUAUUAAAGACUUUUUUUUUCCCCUUCCCUUUUUCUUUCCAGUGGGCAAGUUACGGAAGCAGUGGCUGAAAGAGAGCAUCUCAGAUGUUGGCUAUGGGAUGCUGAAAUCUGUCAAACAAUUUGUGGACCCCAAUAACAUCUUUGGAAACAGGAACCUUUUAUAAGCCUGGUUACUAUCCAAAGUGAAAUUACAAAAAAAAAAAAAAAAAAGCGAUCGUUUAUGAGUCUCAUGGCUAUCCCAGUAUCCAGAUAUAGCGUGGACCCAAUUUGAAAGCUGUUUACUCCUUUCAUCUUUAAUUUUCUUCAGUUAAAUGUGAUCAUACAAUUUACUCAUAGCACACUUCCCACAGAGUACUCCAAAACGUUUCUCACACACAACCAGCCCAAAGUAUACUAAUGUCAAUCUAACUGAUAACCUGUUUGGAUGGCUUCCCCUGCUAUAGUGCAAGAAUAGCCAAGGCGGAUACUAAAUGUUUGUCAUAGGAGACGUUCUUGACAAAGCAGCACUCCUGAGAAGCAGAUGAAAAAUGGGUUUAUAUUUCUAUAAAACAGCUUUUCUAUUGAAAUUUUAAACAAACAGGCAAUGAAAUUUAUACCAUGCUGCAAUUUUUUUAAAAAAACAAAACCCGAAAAUAAUUUUGGAUUCCUAGUUCCCCCUAUCUGGUAUUACUGAAAGCAUUAGUUCACAAAGUGUAGUCUCAAUAGCAUUUGUAACUUAAUGUUCUGAACAAUACUUACUGACUCCAAAAAGCAAACAUUUAUUUUUAAAUACAGAAAAACACACUUGAUCUUUGUUAAACAAAGUGUAGUGCUUUCAUAAUUUUGCCCUGCUGAUUCUUUUACAGGGCAAAAUUUCCCAAGUAGACAAAUGGUCCUGUUAAUUCUGUUUCACCAGAAGUGUAAUUUGGCGUUUUGGCCAUUUCAAUUCUGAAACAGUCUGUUUUAAAUUUUGACUGCUAGCUAUGAGUGUAAUCAUUUAGUCCACGAAAAUAAAAUGUCAUGCUUUUCUAAACAGUAUCAGAAAGCAUUAGAAUGAAACCUACCUUAGAAUUGUUAAAAAUCAUUCUGUCUAUAAAUACCUACAUUUUUAGGCACCAGUUCUUAUUCUAUAUAUACAUCUGAAAAAACUUUAAACAAAAAUAUCUGAAAUUGUGACACUCUCCCCCCAAAAUAACGUUUAUGUUAAUGUCUGCUAGCAAUUGGUAACAAAUGUGAAGUCUGAAUAGAUCUGUUAAACAUCCUGUUCUAAUCUGACCACUAAAUUUUUGCUGUUUAAUCUUAACCCAGCAUGUCAACUCAAAGCAGUGUAUAGUCAAAUCAUAGCUACUGCAUUCAUGCCCUAAAGCACCUUCAAAACAGACCCAAUGCAUAAUAUCUCAUCAUGACGAUUGUCAGUUUGAUAUUUGUCUUACCAGAACUCAUGAAUGCAAUCCAGAUAGUCCUUUUAAAAAAUUAAUCCACAAGAGGUUUUUUUUUUAAAAAAAUUGCAGCGUGAUAGGCCAGAACAAUUACUCUCUACUAAAGUCUGUACCUAUAGUAAACAUUAAGACUGAGCACAACAUUAAGAUUUUUGUUUCUUAACCGUGUACAAGGUAUCCUCAUUGGCAUCAGUCUGGUUACACCAGGGUACUCAGUUUUGUUUUUGAUAGGAAAAAGAGUGUUUUCAUGUGCCUAAUGAGCACCAUAUCUAGGAUCAGAUGUUUGUUUCAGGGAAUAAAAUUGCCUUUUUGAUAGCAAAAGUUUAAUUUCCUGAUUAUUUUUGCUUGCUCUGACCAAGUUUAUUCAAUUUCCAAAUGUGUAGUUUCACUUAUGGUGCUUAAUUGAUUUACUUAAUUAUUAUAGGUUUCCUAACCCUUUGUUACUGAAAAUUGCACAGGGAAAUGCCCUAUGGGGAUAUUUUUCAUAAGUUUAUAGAUAAAUAGAUGACAAGGAGUGUUCAAAUCAUGAAGUGUAAACUUGUGUCUUGUUCACACUGUCCUAUCUAAUGAAGUAACUGGGGGGAGCUGCAAGAAGUGGAUAGGUUUCGGGGGGGGGGGGAGAUACAAUGCAGAUUACUGUGAACAUAUUGUAAAUUGCUUUACUUACAUCUAUUUUGCUAGACCUUAUUUCGUUUUCUUCCUUGUUGAAAUGGUUAAAUUGUUUGGAGCGUUAGCAAGAGCACCUGUAAAACAUAUGCAAGUGUGUGAGUGCUAAUUCAGAAGACUGAGAUGCUCAUUAAAAAGUGAAAAUUUUCAAAUAGAAAGCUAUUUACAGUGUAUUCAUGACGCACCAACAGGGCCAAAAGUAUUGGUGAAGGAUGCGCAAGAACAUCCAUUUAGCUUUCUCUAAUGGUGAGUUGCAACAUCCUAGCAUCUUUUGACUGACGUUGUAAGACUUGAACCACUCACUCUUGGCUAGGCUUCCAAAGGACCAUAUAUGUGCAACCAUACACAAUGCCAGCAUUCUUCUGGCCUUCAGGAGUGACAUCUGGGAAGAGAUGGCAGAGAACCCUCCAGAUCAGCAUCCAGUGUGGUGCUAAAGGUUGACCAAAAAUGGAGACAGGUAUAAAGCUAUUUUAGAGGCACACACUUGGCUUUGGGAUGCCUGGCCAUAAUCUGAACCCUCCUGACCAUUCAUUUUGCUGAAGGUUCAAGAUAUCUGCAGUAUUGCAGUGCCUCAUGGUAGGGAGGAUCUGGCAUGCAAAAUGCAGCCCUGCUUUCCAUGCCCUCCUUUCCAUCUGACCAGAAGCAAACGAGAGGGGUGACCUAGAGAUUCUGUGUUCUUGCUAAAACCAUUGGAACUUCUCAUUGAAUGCUAAGCUGGUGAAGCAGAGCCUUUCUUGGUUGCUUUAAGUAGGGGAUGUGUAAAAACAACAACACACCACUGCAUGCUGAUUGGCAAAUCUGAAUUCCCAGCGCAAUGCUGUGAGUGUCUUCAAAUAAGGGGCGACUCAAAUCCCACAGGACGUACAUAGUGUAACUCUUUGGAUUCCUAGGAUUUUUUAAUCUUCUGUUUAAAAUUUGAGCGUUGUAGCUGAACUGUCAGUGUGAUAUCUGGGCAGAGCAUAAUUCCGUUUGAAAUAUGGCAUAGUUGGCCAUAUUUUCAUUUACUGUUUUACUCCAAUGCCACAGUAAUGGGCAGGAUCCAAAGAACCAGGAAACUUAUUCCACGCACCUGAGGCCUUGAGUGGUGCUUGCAUGCAUGGAGAAUUGCAAUCUGUUUAAAUCUGUUAGGAGUUUCAAUAGCAGUUUGUGGUGCUGUGAAGGGGAAGAGAAUCUAGAAUCCCACGGGUGAUACGUGAGCUGUGUUGUGUGCUUUUAAAAAUCUCUUUAGGUCCUGGCUAAAACCCAUUUUCUAUUUUGGCAGAGUUCACACCUGUAAAACAUGUUACUGACUGUUACAUCUUUUUGCAAUGGGGUUAGAAGGUUAGAUGCAAGGUUCUUGCCAGUCCAUAGGUUUUUUGGUUCAGAAAUCUGUGGGAAAGUUGGGUUUCCUUCUUAGGAAUUGUUUUACACUGAGGGUGUCUCUUAUUCUAAGGACCAAACCAGGUUACGUUAAGUGUGUCUAUGCACGAGAAUCAUAGUGAUAGUUUUUAAUGGCAGUGGAGUGGGCAAUGUAGGUCUGGACUGCAACACAGUAGAGAGCUAACCCCUUCUGCUACCACUGCAAUCUCAGUCCAAAUCGGAGUCUGCCACAGCUGCAUUUUUGUUGUUAUUAUUGCACACGCGAAGACUUAUGUAACAUAACAACUUUGGGGCCCUAGAUGAAAUUCACCAGUCUUGUCCACUAGAAUACUAACCAACUAAAAAAAUACAAUUGAGCUUUUGGCUCAUAGUGGGAAACCAUGUUUAUCAUAUACUGAACAGGAAAUUGUACAACCACAGUUAUAAUGUUGAGAUUAUAAAAGCUUAUUAAUCAAACAAAAUGUUCCUGAAAUUUCUCCUUAAGCCGAUUAAAUUAAUACUUUUUCAAA